AUGGCAGAGUUCAGGGAGGUAGAGACAGUAGCUGGAGUCCCCCAAACUGUUAUAUUGUGUGGCUGCCCUCCAGGUCCAGGGUCCAGCAGGAACUUGCAUCCUCUGCCUGCAGAUUUUGCUCUGUGUAUCCAGGGAGGGGGCUCGAUAUCUAGGGGAGUGAUGUUUCCUCCAGGAGCACAGCCUGCGCUUUGUUACUCGAGACGAUUUAAUGCUCCGUUGAGUCCGGCUUCUUUGGGUACCAGCAUUGCUCAGAGGUGAUGUCACAAAAGCAGGCCAUGAAGUUUGACUCUGCUUCUCCUUUACUUUCCUCCAAAACCACUGACAUAUCAGUUCAAACUCCCUCUGGAAUCUAGCCUCCCAGCUGCUGACCGACACUUGUGCACUGUGCAGUAUAGCCGCGUUGGCGGCCAUUUCAGGCAGACCACGUGGAAGUUGCCUGUGCUGCGUUCAUUCAGGAGCGACUCUGAGGAGAGUGGAGACUUGGUGGGGUCCGGGAUAACCCCCACCGAACCAUAGGGGGGGGGAAGUACAGGGCACUUGUUGUGCACAUAUUAGCCUGGCUAGGUCAGGGUCGGAAGAUCGGCCGCCUCCUCCGCCAAUAUCCCAGAAUAGGCAGUAAAUGUCUUUUGCCGUCCAGAACGAGCUGUUGGUGAGUCAAGAAGUGUCUGUAGUACAGAGAGAAGACCUAGGAUUGAUGGGUGUAAUUUAGAUGCUUUUAAGGGGGAAAAAGCAUUAAGUCUGGGCUAUUUAGUGAGUAAAACUCAGGAGCCGAUGUGACCAGCUUCCGCUCGGCCCGCCCCCUGCUAGAUGGUGUUUUUAACACUAUAGGGUCAGAAAUACACGUUUGUGUUCUUGACCCUAUAGUGUUCCUUUAAGGUUAUGCUUCUACUAUGCAUUGAAGUGGAUAUUGACAUGUAUUCAGAUAAUCAAUUUCUCUUUCACUGAUACUGACUGACAUCUAUUUGGAUACAAAGUUUUACUUAUGUAUUGAAGUGCAAAUAUUACAAGAGACUAAAUAAAAAUAUUGGUGUAUUUUUAAACUUUCUUUUAAAGUGUUUUAUUUGUAUCAAUAUUGAUUUUAGUGCUGACAUUAAAGGAGCACUAUAUUGUCAGGAAAACUCCUUCAGCCACUUACCUUUCUCCAGUGCCGGGCUCCCCCUGUGCUGGGGAAAUCUCCACCCCCUGACAGCGUCAGAUCCGAAUGUGCAUGCACGGCAAGAGCUGCGCGCGCAUUCAAACAGCCCAUAUGAAAGCAUUACUCAAUGCUUUCCUGUGGACGUCCAGCGUCUUCUCACUGUGAUUUUCACAGUGAGACUCGUGGAAGCACCUCUAACGGCUGUCAGUGAGACAGCCACUAGAGGCUGGAUUAACCCUCAGUGAAACAUUGCAGUUUCUCUGAAACUGCUAUGUUUUCACCUGCAGGUUUAAAACUAGAGGGACUAGUGGGUGCCUAUAGUGGUCUUUUAAUUUACAUUAUUUUCACAAAUAUUUAAGCCUGUUAAAGAUGAUGGCGUGGAAAGGAGUUUUUCACAAGAGAUCAGUAGACAGAUUUUCUGAAUAUUAGAGCGGUGAAAGUGACGGACAAAAGUAGCAGAGGAUACAUCUUUGUUACAGAGUACUGAGGGGGUCUGCGUUGACACCAAGAUUGCAAUGUGUGAUGGGGAAGCUGGUCAGGUGGAUAAAGAGCAGAAAAGGAUUAAAAUUUACAGGACCUUAGGUAGGUUACCAGCCCCCCCCCCCCUCAUUUGUCGCAUAGAGGUGGUUAAUGGGACUGGGCAAAUUCAUGGUUGCAAGACCCCUUUCUAAGUCCUGUGCCAUCAGCUAUUUUUUUACCAGCCCAAUUACAAAUUGUGCCUACUGCCUCAAUCUUGCAAUAAUCUGCUAACAGAUAUCUCAACCCACAUUCCAAAUUUGUAAUCUAUGCAGAAAUGGUGUAAGCAAGUGACCCAAGGUGCAUAAUUAAUAAUCUUACCCUCCCCAUUUUGGCAGAGCAGGAUCGUUCCUGUUACUGAGACUUGUUGUGUUAUUCUUGUUUAAUUUUAGAACACGAGGAAAAGGUCUAAUGCAGAGGUGCCCAAAAGGUAGAGCCCCAGAUGUUGAAAAACUACAACUCCCUUAAUGCUUUGCAUGCUUUUGAAUAACAAAGCUUCAUGGAAGCUGUAGUUUUUUUUUAAUAUUUUCAUAGCUACAUAGCUGAACAGAGACUUGCAUCCAUCAAGUUCAGCCUUCCUCACAUAUGUUUUUGCUGUUGAUCCAAAAGAGGGCAAAAAGCCUAGUCUGAAGUGCUUCCAAUUUUGCUACAAACUAGGAAAGAAUUCCUUCUUGACCCCAAAAUAGCAGUCAGGUGUCUCCUUGGAUCAAGCUGUUAUUACCCCACUAAUUAGAAAUUAUAUCCCUGUAUGUUAUGUUUUUGCAACUAUUUAUCCAAUUGCAGUUUAAACAUCUGCAUAUACUCUGAUAAAACCACAUUUUCAGGCAGAGAAUUCCAUAUCUUUAUUGCUCUUAGUGUAACAAAACCCUUUCUGUGUAACAAAACCCUUUCUUUGCCUUAAAUUAAAUCUCCUUUCUUCCAGCCUAAAUGUGUGACCUUGUGUCCUAUGUAUAGCCCUGUUUAUGAAUAGAUUUCCAGAUAAUGGUUUGUACUGGCCUCAAAUAUAUUUGUAUAACGUUAUCAUAUUCCCUCUCAGGCGCUGUUUUUCCAAACUAAAGCGAUUUACAUUUUUUAACCUGUCUUCGUAACUAAAAUGCCCCAUUCCUUUUAUCAAUUUUGUAGCUCGUCUCUGCACUUUUUCUAGUGUCAAGAUAUCCUUCUUUAGAAUAGGUGCCCAAAAUUGCACAGCAUAUUCAAGGUGUGGUCUUACCAGCGAUUUAUAAAGAGGCAAAAUUAUAUUUUCAGACCGAGAAUUUAUGCCCCUAUUUAUACAUGACAAAACCUUACUGGCCUUAGCAACUGCAGAUUGACAUUGCAUAUAUGACCCCAAAGUGCAUAACUUUGCAUUUCUCUAUGUUAAAUUUCAUCUGUCAUUUUAGUGCCCAGUCCCCCAAUCUAUCCAAAUCCCUCUGCAGCAAAACAAUAUCCUGCUCACAUUUUUUACUUUACAAAGUUUUGUGUCAUCUGCAAACACUGAUACAUGGCUUUCAAUGCCUAUUUCAAGAUCAUUUAUACAUAUGUUAAAUAGAAGCGGUCCAAAAACAGAACCCUGGGGGACAAUACUUACCACUUUUGUCCAGCCUGAAAAUUUACCAUUAAUGACAACUCGUUGUCAGGGCCAUUCGAAGGAAUUUGGGGGCCCCAAGCAAACUGUACAUGGAGGCCCCCCAAUCCCUGCUUCUCCUCACCUCCCCCUUCCGUGUUCUCCUCAUCUCCUCACCCCCCUCUCCCUGUGUUCUUCUUACUCCUUCCCCCCUCCCUGUGUUCUUCUUACUCCUUCCCCCCUCCCUAUGUUCUUCUUACUGCCCCAUGUUCUUCUUACUCCCCUCCACCUCCCUGUGUCCUUCUUACUCCCCCUCCUGUAUCCUUCCUACUCCCUCCCUGUGUCCUUCUUACUCCCUCCCCAUGUCCUUACUCCCCCUGUGUCCUUCUUACUCCCCUCCCUAUGUUCUUUUUACUCCCCCCAUGUUUUUUUUACUCCCCCCCCUAACCCUCCCAAUGUAUUUUUACUCACCCCAUGUUUUUUUUAGGGAAUGCUGGGGGGGUUCCUGUUUCUCCCUGGUGGUCCAGUGGCUGAUGGGCUGGCUACUGGGCGUUUUUUGCCACCCCCUGAAAAAUGCCGCCCAAGGCAAAUGCCUUGUUUGCCUCGCGGCUAAUACGUCCCUGAGUGUGGCUGAGCUCCUCUUCCUCCUGGCUGUCAGUCCGGCCGGGUACCGCACAGUACAGGAGAUUCAGUUUCCUGUUCCCGGCUGGACUGAAAGGAAGUGAGCACUCAGUGUGCACUUCCUGUCAGUCCGGAUGGGAACAGGAAACUGAAUCUCCUGUACCGCACAGUACCCGGCCGGACUGACAGCCAGGAGGAAGAGAAGAGGAGCUCGGCCACGCUACAGGGAAGGUGAGGUGACGAGAGAGGAGUACUGCAGCCACCUAAGGCUCUCUAUAGAGCGCUCAGGCGGCUGCAGCCUUACAGGAAGCACCGGCUCUGCUUGGGACCCUGGGCCAGCUCGGGGCCCCAAGCAAUUGCUUGGUUUGACUGCCCGGUAGCGACGGGCCUGCUCGUUGUACUCUAUCCUUAAGCCAAUGUUCUACCCAAGAACAAGAAUAUUCAUCUAGACCAAUUUGUUUUACUUUGAAGACUAACCUAUUGUGAGGAAACGUAUCAAAUGCUUUGGCAAAAUCCAAGUAGAUCACAUCCACUGCCACACCCUGAUCUAUACUUCUAUUUACUUCUUAAAGGACCACUAUAGUGCCAGGAAAACAUACUCGUUUUCCUGGCACUAUAGUGCCCUGAGGGUGCCCCCACCCUCAGGGUCCCCCUCCCGCCUGGCUCUGGAAGGGGGAAAGGGGUAAAAACUUACCUUAUUCCAGCGCUGGGCUGGGAGCUCUCCUCCCUCGAUCCUCCUUCUCUCCUCCCCGUCAGCUGAAUGCGCACGCGCGGCAAGAGCUGCGCGCGCAUUCAGCCGGUCGCAUAGGAAAGCAUUAUCAAUGCUUUCCUAUGGACGCUUGCGUGCUCUCACUGUGAAAAUCACAGUGAGAAGCACGCAAGCGCCUCUAGUGGCUGUCAAUGAGACAGCCACUAGAGGAAAUAGGGGAAGGCUUAACCCAUUCAUAAACAUAGCAGUUUCUCUGAAACUGCUAUGUUUAUGAAAAAAUGGGUUAACCCUAGCUGGACCAGGCACCCAGACCACUUCAUUAAGCUGAAGUGGUCUGGGUGCCUAGAGUGGUCCUUUAAGUAUUUUCAAGACAUGACAAUGGAAAUAAUAAGAAUACAUUUCAUGUCACAAGAGAAUAGUAACAUAGGGAAGAAAAACAAAAAGCUGUGUUUACAAGUUUACAGAGUGUCCAUACAAUAAAAGUAUGUGGAGAAAGAUUGUUACAUGGCAAUUGUCACAUUAGCAUGCCAUUGAACAUGCUGCAUAUUCCCCAGAAGAAAAGAAAGCGUCAGGAUAAGGGAAACAAACUCGAUUUUGCCCAAUAUUGUGAUGUACAGUAGAACAUAUCAAUAUUUCGUAUAUAUAAACUUCUUUGUUCAUAACAGAUGGAUAUAGAUGUACAAAUAGGCAUAGUUAUAAAUAUUGUGAAGGCAGAGAGGCAUAGGACAUUUAACCCCAGGGGGAGUAUGUGUUGUAUGCAACACAAAUUAAUGUUUAGUUAUGGGCCCCUGGGGUGGAGCAUUUGGAGAGUAGGUCAGGCCGGUGCUCCACUCCUCAGUUUAUAUACAACUGGGAGAAAUAAGGUCUAGGCCAGGGUUUUGGACUGUCUCCAACCCACUGCUCAGCUGCAGGUAAUCAGCUGCAGCAGUGGGAAUAAACCCCUCCCUACUAGGCAGGUAAAGGGGGAUUGCUGGCUUCCUCCCUGGAAGCAGAUAGGAGAGACGGUGUUCUCUCCUGUGAGAGAGUCAAGAUUUAAGGUGAUUGAGCACUAGGAGUGCAGAAGGAUAACAGUCAAAUUGACUGGAGUGCAGUGUUGCUAUUUAACAAAGUUAAUGAAACCUAUGAUGAUAGAGAGGGAAAUUGAAAGUUAGUCAGUGCUCAGAUGAGCUAGGAUUUUGUUUAAAGGUAAACCUGUUACAUUAUUGUUUCUUUAGGUGUGUUGCUGUCUCCUGUGUGGAUUUAUCAAUAAAGUCCCUGAAUUAUGUGAAAACCAAAGGACUUGUUUACCCUAGAGGAUCGUGCUAACUGCAAACAAGGAUCACAAUAUAAUCAUAUAUAAAGAAAACCAACAGCUAAAAUUAAGAUAGAGAGGGGGGAGGGUGUUAGAAAGUUGUGCGAAAUUUAAUCUUAAAUCUAUAAUAAUUUACGGAAUAAGAUGGGAAGCUGUAGUUUUAAAACAUCUGGGGAUCUACCUUUUGGGCACCUCUGGCCUAAAGCUAAAACUGUAUAAUGAAUACCCAGUAUACCAUAACCCUAAUUCCCUCCCCUUCAGCUGCUACUUCCUAAUGAUUUCACUAGAGGACAAAUCCAAUGCAAAACAUCUGCUUAUCUUGCAGUUUAUAAAAUAGUAACAGAGGGAUAGGCCUUAGCUUCAAAACAAGUUGAAAUUCCAGGCCUAUUAUAUUCUUGCAAAUUAAUGUUUUACAAGCUUAACUUAUCACACUGCAUUACUGUACUGGGAUAUAGGCUGUGUCUAUAUUAUAGCUGUGCCUUUAAUGGGACGGCAUUUGCAGUCACUGUAAAGUAAUUUAACUGGUUCUGCAAGCAACUCAUUAACACUCAGAGGAUUGAGUUCAGCAGAACUGAGAAGAACAGAAAGUACGAAGGCUUCAGUGGUAUGUACUGCUGGACUAAUAUAUUCUGUAAAAUGCUUUGUAAACUAUUAGCACUCAGUUACAUAAUUUUACACAGACCGUGAAAAGGUUCCAUUAAAAUAAUCACUUAUUUAACCCCUUAACAACCAAGCUUAAUUUAUUUGGUUUUCACUCAUGACCAAAGUAAUUUUUGAAUUUUUAUUUAAAGAUAUAAAUACAUAAAUUAUCAAUUAUUCAAAAAAUAACACUUAAAUGAGUUGAAACAGACACGUACACAAUGCCACCUAUGAGAGAUUGCCCUAUUACAGAAAACACGCCACUGAGAUUCUAUCAGCGUAGAUACCAACAUCACAAAAGGCUCUCCACAACUGGGAAUUCUACGUGGAGAAAAAAACACCUAGACUUCAUUGGAUCUGCAGCUUGAGGACCUCCUGCAUUACUAAUACCUCAGCAAAGGGGAGACUCCCUGUUUAGGGUGUGUGGUGGGUGAGGAAUACCCUGAGUCAAGCCAAAGGAGAAACCAUAGCUGUCUUGGUCAAGAAACCCUAGUCUACAAACUGAGUUUAUAUCAUAAAAUACUCAGCAGGGUAUAGCCCUAGCUAUAGAGACUUUGGCUUAAUUAAAAGGUGGCACCAUAAUUGUUGGACUAUUAACCUACUAACCUAAACGACCUACAAAUUAGUACAAAUUCAAUCCAGCUCUAAGAGGAUAUGACACCUGGUCUUUUGUGAUGUAUGUCUAAUAACCCCUGAGAUGCCAAAAUAUUAAUUUAUAAGACGGUAUAUACUUCUAUCAAAUUCGUAAUUGCUAAAAUCCUGGAGGCAGGUACUUAUCAUUUGUGUGGUUUUUUUUUCCGUUUUUUUGUUUGUUUGUUUUUUCUUUGUAUUUAAUCAAUAUCUAAUAACACAGAUAUACACUACUUAUUUUGCUGUUAAUAUAAAGACCUCAAUUUAAACAGAAGAGGAAAACUCAAAUUUUAAAGGUUAAGAAGAUAAAGGAAGAGGGGAAGGAGAAGGAAGGGAAGGAAAAGAAAAAGAAAAAAAUAAUAAAAAUGGGGGUAAAAGAAGGAAAAAGGUAGAUAAAAGGUUAAAAAAGAGGGGGGGGUGGAGUCUGGAUGCCGAGUACCCCUGGAUGAUGACAAGACGUGCAUUGCCUGAGCUCCACAAACCAGGUCCAAUACUCGAUGAUAAACCCGGCCGCUUGCUCACCCGGACCGUUGCCGACAAUCUCCUAGUCACGGAGAUGACGGUGCCUACGCCACUGGAAAGCUGACACAGAGGCUUGCGGCCUUCACAAGCAUGAGCUGUGGAGAGACUGCCGCUCUCCGAGCCCUUCACCCGGUAGAGUGAAAUUUGCACCACGUUGACCCCCCCCUUUGGACCGGUGGGGUUUAUCCCUGCCAGACCCCUCAGAUCUCAGCAGGGUACAAACAGCUGCCUUGCUACAAACUCAAGCUGCAAUAACCAAACCUGAAAUGGUGGCCACGCUGCACUUAACAUUACCUAGCAAAUCACAAUCAGCGUGGACCUCGCAAGACCCAUUUGAGAGAUUACUGUAUAACAUGGAUUUGCUCUUCGCAUGAUUCUGGGCGAAAUGAGAGGCUCAUGAUACAGUGACAUCACACCAGCACCAAGCGGAGGGGCAAAGAAGAGACCAGUGGGAGGUAAGCAGGGCCCCUCUGGGCGCUCCCCUCCGUCAACUAACUGGAACUGCUACAUUAGGCCCACCCGGGUGAAAGACCACCGGGGACAACGUACCCCCGCAUCUGCCACUGGCGACGACGAACUACCAAGAGCCUCUGCCGUCCCUUGAAGGGGAUAGACUCUGCUUCGUGUAGGAGAGUCUGAGACUGUGGCCAGUCUUACACACAGCCCGGGGCCGGAGGGCUUUCAUGCUCAACUCCUGCCUUGAAAAGACCCCAAACAGCUUCCACGCACCCCCAAACCAGUGAAUAGGCUGACACUGAACUCUAUGGACGGGGCCACCUAUAUCCUGCCACUGCAAUGUCUGCUAAAAUAACUAAUUGUGUUUAUGCCUUCCUUCUACUCUUGUUAUAUAUUUUAUUUUUUGCGUGAAAACUAGUUCUACAAUGGGCAACGCAGAAAUAUAUAUAUAUAUAUAUAUAUAUAUAUAUAUAUAUAUUAUAAUGAUAGGAGUCUGGCCUCAGGGGUUACUCUCACCCAUCAUAUUUGUGCAGUUUUGCAUGUUUCCCAAAUUACUAAUGUAUCCAUCGCAGGAAACCGAUGGUACCGCUAUUACCCACGUCAGGGCUACUUACUCACCUCUAAAGCCCGAGAAGUAGGGAAGGCACCGGCACACCAUGCCUUCUAAAUAUCCCUGAUUCCAUUGAGUGGCAGCAAGCGUGAGAGCGAUAACACCAAAUUUAACACACCUGAGACCUUGUAACACUAACCAGUCACAUGACACCAGGUUGGGAAAAUGGCUAAUUGGGCCCAAUUUGGAAAUUUCCACUUAGGGGUGUAUUCACUUUUGUUACCAAUGGUUUAGACAUUAAUGGCUGUGUUUUGAGUUAUUUUGAGGGGACAGCAAAUUUACACUUACUACUUUACAUUGUAGCUGUACACUUCCUACUUUACAUUGUAGCAGAAUGUCAUUUCUUCAGUGUUGUCACAUGAAAAGAUAUAAUUAAAUAUUUACAAAAAAUGUGAGGGGUGUACUCACGUUUGUGAGAUACUGUAUAUAUAAUAUCAUACAAGUGUGUUUUUAUAUUACAUACUAAUUAAAUUACACAUGUGUAUGUAUAUAUAAUAUAUAAUAUCUAUAUAUUGUAUAUAUGUUAUUAGAAAAUAUAAAUAAUAAGUAAAUAAAAAAAGGUAAAAAUAAUUUUAAAAAUUAUAUAUAUGUAAUUUUAUUCUAUUUUUUUAAAAUUCUUUAUUUGUAUCAUUUUUCAGUGUCAUUUACACAGGUGGGGCUACAGAACAAAGAGGAAGGGUUAAGUGGUAUCGUCGUAUAUAACAUUAUGUUACGAGAGAUUUGUACAUUUGUGUCGGUUGUGUGCUUCUGUGCUACCUCGUGCGCUAAAGUUUUUCCUCUGGUCCUGUUCUCAUUUGUAGUUCAGUUUAAGGUCCAUAAUAGUAAGAACAAUAACAAGGGUAACACAUUGGUGAGAACAAAGGUAUAGGCUCUGUGGCCCAUUAGUGUGAUCUGGGGGGUGUGUGGGUGGAUCAUAGCCCCGUUGGGUGGGGGCUGGGGCGGUGGGGGUAGGGUAGAUAGAGGGAGUGAGAAAAAAAAGAGGGGGGGCGGCGUACUGAGGUAUGUUGAAGUUUUGCUUGCUAUCUUGGUCAAUUUGUGUGGGUGGUCUGAGUGCUUCACUUCUCGUAAGUGUUGGGUCUCUGGCUUAUCUGGUGUUAGAGUUGAAUGUGUUUUGGUUGGUUACCAUGGUCUAGCUGUAUCCCCCUCCAGCCAUGGGUCCUAUAUUUUGUGAAAGGUUUUAGGUGUUUCAUGAAUUUGCCCAGUUAAUCUGUCCAUUUCUAUACGCUCUUGUAUCUUUUUGGCUAUUGUGUUCUGGGUUGGUAUCCGUAGAGUGGACCAUACCUCUCCUAUUGCUCUGCGUGUAGAGAGGGCUACUCUGGCUAUCAAUUUGUUUUUGUUUCUACUGUGUGUUUCUAGUGGUUUGGAUAGUAGGAUGGCCCAUGUGUCGAGCAGACAAGGUUUGGAUAGGAUUCUAGUGAGUAGGGAGGUGAUGGCUUGCCAGAUAGGCUUCAGUUUAGGGCAUGUCCACCAGCAGUGGUAAAACGUCCCUUCUUCUCCGCAUAGUUUCCAGCAUAGUGUUGUGUGUGUGUUAUGUAUGAUGGCUAGUCUCUGCAGUGUGAGGUACCAUCUGAAAAGCAUUUUGUACGCUUGUUCUUUGUGUGUUACACAAAUAGUCCAGGAUGAGGUUGCUUCCCAGAUGUCUGCCCAGUCAGUUGGCUCUUCUGGGGGUCCCAGGUCUGUUUCCCAUGCUUUUAUGUAUGGUAGUAUCAGUUGUGUAUUGUGUGUUGCUAUUGUGUGUUAUAGGUCUGAUAUUUGCCCUUUUCUGGCGGGGGCCCUGACGCAAUCUCUCUCAAAGCUGGUUAAUUGUGAUUUCCCAGCCUGCUGUAUGCUGGGUGUUGUGGCGAAGCUUCGGAGCUGCAUGUAUCUGAAGUAGUCAAAUGUUGAGAGGGCUGUGGCAUCUGGGAUGUCUGUAAAUUCAAUGAUUUGGUCAUUAAGGAAGAGGUUUCCUAUUCUCGUUAUGUCGCGUUUCUCGAAUUAGGCGUAGUGUUUGGCUUCCAUUCCUGGUGGGAAAAGUCUGUUUCGGAGGAUGGGGGUCAUGGGUGAUAGGUAUGAGGAUAGGUCGAAUUUUGUAUGUAGCUUGUCCCACAUGUCCAAGGAGUGUGUGAUUGUGGGUGCUGUUGGUGGGGGUAGGGGGCGUGCCUGUCUUGGUAACCACAUGUAUAGGGAAGGGUGGUCCCACCCAAAUAUGGAGUGCUCUAUGUCCACCCAUCUUUUCUUUGAGGGCGGUAGGUGCUACAUUUGGAUCUGAGCCAGGAGGGUCGCAUAGAGAUAGUGUUGGAGAUUGAGCAGGCCCAAGCCUCCUGCUUUUCUAGGGAUAUACAAAGUUUCUCAGCGUAUUCGGGGUUUAUUUCCAUUCCAUAUAAAUUUAUUUAUGGCUGAUUGUAGUGAGGUGAGGUCUGGUUUGUGAAAUUAUAUUGGGAGGGUCUGGAAAAUGUACAAGAGUCGGGGUAGAAGAUUCAUUUUAAUAGAGGCGACGCGGCCCAUCCAUAAGAUCCCAUGUAUUGAAAUCUGCGUGCGCUCGUCUUAGCAGUGGGGUUUAGUUUUCUUGGUAUAGAGAAGUGACGUCCGGUGUGAGUUUGAUGCCCAGGUAUGCUAUGGACGAUUUGCAGAUACGCAAGGGAAACUUGGACUGUAGGUGUGUGAGGUCGUUGUCUGUUAUGCAUAUUGGUAGGAGUUCUGACUUUUCCAGGUUGAGUUUGUAUCCUGAGAUCCUGGGAAAGGAGUGGAUCAGUUGUAGCAAGUGUUCAAUGGACAUGGGCGUAGGAACCCCAAAAAAUCUGGGGGGGAUAGCAUUUUUACUCGCCGGGUAUAUUCUUAUUCCGUAAACUAGGAGUUGUUUAUCCCAUUGUACAGUGCUACGGAAUUUGCAGUCGCUAUAUAAAUGAUUAAAUAAUAACAUUAAAGGGUCACUACAGGGGAAGGGUUUUACUUACCCGGAUACAGCGCCGGGAUCCCCCUGAUGCCGCACCCCCUAUUUCGUCAAAAUGACGAAAUAGGAGGGUGCGAGCAGGGAACAAUAAAAUGCUUCUAUUCAGAAGCGUCAUUGCUCUCUGGUGCGAAUGCGCAGCUUUGCCGCACAUGCGCAGAUACUUCAUAGGGCGGCAUUCAUGUAUCGACUAGGAAGCACCUCUAGUGGCCAUCUGAGUGUCCACUAGAGGUAUUCCUCAUCAGUAAUGUAAAUACUGCCUUUUUACGAAAUAGCAGUGCUUACAUUAAAAAGCCUGCAAAGACAUGCUAUAAACACCAGAACUACUACGUUUAGCUGUUGUGGUUCUGGUGACUAUAGUGUCCCUUGAAUAUAGAGAGGAAAAAAGAAUCAUCACAAAUGUAAGAAAUAAAAUGUCUGUAUCAUAUUCUAAAAAUUAUUUUAAAAAAAUAAAAAAAUAUGCACAUUCCUAGCUUAAUUUUUAGCAUGACAUAUGACACAAAAUUUUUGUACUUUGCAGAUUACUUUUUAUAUUUUUUUUAUACAUAUACAGAUUGUGUAAUACUGCCCCUGACUUAGGGUGACCACAUUUCCUAACUGCCAUUCAGUAACACUGUCAGAAAUGCAUUCCAUACAUUUUACUACCCGUCUCUACCCCUUCCAUUUAUAUGAGAACUCCACCUACCCCUUCCAUGAAUAUUAGCAGGGCGACCUCUGGACGUCUGGCAGGUGCAGUGUCAGACUGAGCGCCGGGUAGUCACGUGACACCCUUCUGGACUGGACCGUAUCGCCUCUAGGAGGGGUUCUAAUGAGAGGGCAAAUAAUAGUGGGGUUAGGGGGCACCCCUGCAUCGUCCCAUUGGAGAUGGUAAAGCGGGGGGGGGUGUUGAUGUUAGGUAGGAGUAGUGCUCCUUGCGCGUAGUGGCGUGUUGCAUCUAGGAAGUUUGGAAAUUCGUGUGGAAAUCCAAAGUGGGUGAGAGUGUGGUGAGGUAGGGCCAAAGGAGGCGGUCAAACGCCUUCUCGGCGUCUAGGGAUAUGACCGCAGUGGCGAUAUUCCUAUGUCGUGCGUACCGGAUGAGGUCUAUUGCUCGUCUGGUAUUGUCGGCUGCUUGUCUAUUGGGUAUGAACCCAUCUUGGUCUGGGUGUAUUAAACUGUGAAGGAGUGGAUUUAUUCUGUUGGCCAUUACUUUGGUCAUAAUUUUAAAAUCUACGUUCAGGAGCGAUAUGGGGCGAAAGUGUCCAGGUUUGUUGUGAGUUUUGUCUGGUUUGGGGAGAAGACAUAUAUUUGCCGUUACCAUGUCCAUAGGUAGCUUGUCCCCUCUGAGCAUGGCAUUGAAAACUGCGCACAGGUGUUUAAGUAAUUGUGUGCUGUGUACUUUAUAAUAUAGGGCUCCAAAGCCGUCAGGGCCUGGGCUCUUGUUGGGUUUAAAUGAUUUUAAUGCUAUGGCCAUUUCUUCGACUGUUACCUCUUCUAUUAGUGUCUGGCUAGUGUCUGUGUUUAGUGUGGGGAGUCUUAGGGAUUCUAGGAAAGUCGAGAUGAGAUGUGGAGUGUUUUGUGUGGUUGAUUGUGGUGUGGUGUCGUGGUGUGGUGAGCAUUGGAUUAGAAAAGCAAAGGCUGCCUAGAGAGACUCGUGAUUCCCUCCCCAGGUAUUAUAGUCUUGGAACCUCAGGAUUUUGCAUUAAGAGUCCUUCUGGGUGCAGCGUGAAUUGCCUUAUGUGCCCCCCUGGGCUCCGCUCUGAGUGGUACGGCUAUCCAUUUUAGGGGGAGUCCCAGAUGUCAUGCGGGGAUUGGAGUGCAAGGUGUGGGCCAAUGUCUAAGGGGCCAUAGCGGGGGAGCGGAGAGGGGGGGUUUAUACUUGCGUUCUCUCUGGGAUUGGAGCUUCUCCAUACGAUCUGCUUUUUGGGCUCGUUCUAGGUUCUGUCCAUGGUUAUGAGUGAACAUGGUGUCAGGGUUGCUGGUUAAGUAGGCGAGUGAAUCCAGUGAGGGAUCGAUGUCAGUUCACUGCAAUCCGUCCAUGGAGAUGGGGGAGUCCCGGUGUCUGCUCUCUAUGGUUGGCAGGGUUCUCUUCUAGAUGGUCUUCUUCUUCUCGGUGAGGAUGGUACAUUCCGGUCCUCGCGGGGUCUCUGUCUUGGAGCCAUGUCAAUGUGUGGGAGGCCUAAUUGCUCUGCGAAGAAGCUGCGUGAGCUUUUGAGAUGUCAUGUAGGACAUUUAUUCUAUAAUCUUUGCAGACCAUUAAUUUGAAAGGGUGUCCCCAUGCGUACCGCAGUCUCUGUUGCGUGAGGGCCAGCGUUAGCGGUCAAAGCGCUCUCCUUUUCUGUAAUGUGCUUGGGGCCAGGUCUUGAAAGAACUGGACCUGAUGGCCUUCUAUUUGCAGCGGGGUGUCUCUUGCAGCCCGCAUUAUUGCCUCUUUCACAUGAAAAUAGUACAAGCGUAAUAUAACAUCGCGUGGCUGAUCGGCGUUUGUUGAUGGUGCGCGGAGGGCCCUGUGAGCUCUGUCUAGGAGCAGCUCUGCUGGGGGUGCCUCUGGUAGGAGAUUGCAGAGUGUUUCUUUGAGUGCUGAGUGGAGCAGUUCUGCUGUGAUUGUUUCAGGUAGGCCUCUGAUCCUUUUAUUAUUUCUGCGUGAUCGAUUGUUGAGGUCCUCCUGAGUUUCUUCUAGGGCGCGUAUUUGUUCACACAUGUCUUGCAGUGCCACAUCUUGUCUUCCACUUCCAGUAUGCGUUUUGUGAGGUCUUCCAGGCUUUCCUUAUUGGGUGUGAGGCUAGUCCUAGUUUACGCUGUCUCUCUGUGCCCUUGACUUCGGAUCGUUCCUGACUCUGCCUCCUCUCUAUACGUCGAGUCCGGCCAUUCUAAGGUCCGGUAGACGUAUCUCUCCUCUGUGUUGUCUUCUGUUUAGCUGAAUCCUGCGUGUUGGGGUAUAUUCUUGUUACAUUACGAUAGGGCCAUGGACCCCGCAGAUUUGGCUCAGCAAAUUGCUUCUCACGAGGCAAGGUUUGUAGAGCAGGAUCACCGUAUGGAUCAGAUAGCACAGGCUCUCCAGACGCUCUUGUCUAGAACUAUUCCUGCAACCGCACCUAACCCUCCUACACCUCAUCCUCCCGAAGUAUCCAAUUCACCCAAUACUUCGCCCCAUUUAACACCUCCUCCUAGGUAUGGAGGGGAAGCCAAGACAUGCAGAGGUUUUAUUAAUCAAAUAGAAUUCCAUCUUGAGAUGUAUCCUCAUUCCUUUCCCACUGAUAGGUCUAAAGUGGGGUUUUUGAUGCAUCAACUUACUGACAAAGCACUUGAGUGGGCGAAUCCUAUUUGGGAGGCCAAUGGACCUAUGGUGCAUAAUUUCAAUAGCUUUCUUACGGCUUUUCGUAGAACUUUUGACAAAAAGGUCAACAAAAAGGUCAAAGAAUGCCGCAAGAGCAUUAAUGAGAAUUAAACAGGGGUCUAGGUCUGUGGCUGAUUAUGCUAUUCAGUUUUGUACCCUUGCUUCACAGGUAGAUUGGACCAAUAAUGGGUUAACUACUGCGUUCAUGGAAGGUUUAUCUGACACCAUAUUAGAUGAGGUAGCGGCAAGGGAGCUUCCUAUUCCAUUAGAGGACCUUAUUGACUACCUCAUUGAUAUAGAUAAUAGGAUUCGUGACAGGCUCUAUACCAAGAACAGGAAUAGACGUGUGGUCACACCUACUAACCCCAGAGUUGAUAAACCUGAGAGUGUUAAAGUAUCCGAGGAGGAACCCAUGCAAUUAGGGGUUGCCAAACUCUCGGAUACUGAAAAAUUACUUAGAAGAAGGAACGGACUCUGCCUAUACUGUGGUAAGCGAGACCAUAUGGUAAAGGAAUGUCCUUUGCUUCCGGAAAACUCUCGCACCUAAGACCUUAUAGGGGACUGGCCUUGGGUGUGAUAUCUAAGUCUCCUAAAUUGCCUCCUAACCAUUUGCUUCUCCCUGUUUCCCUUCAUACGGGAGAGAGUUGUAUAGCUGAAAGCAUACUAGCCUUGGUUGAUUCCGGGGCUGCUGAGAACUUCAUCGACUCUGAGUUUGUUACGAAAAAUAACAUUCCCGUCAGAGAGAGGGAGAUACCCUUGGCCAUUGAGGCCAUAGAUGGUAGACCUUUAAAUACUCCAGUCGUUACCCAUGAAACUGUACCAUUAUUCAUGUACACAGGUGUUUUACACCUUGAGACCAUUCGGUUUCAGGUUAUCACCUCUCCCUCUUCUCAUAUCGUGUUAGGGUACCCAUGGUUAUGUUCUCACAAUCCCAUUUUUGACUGGGAAUUGGGACAAUUAAAAUCAUGGGGUAAAACCUGCCACGACUCUUGUAUGAUUAAAGUCACCCCUUUAAAUACCAUUAAUGUUCCUACUACUCCUCCUUUGUCUACUGUUAUACCUCCUCAGUACUUGUUUCUCAAAACUGUAUUCGAUAAAAGGGAAGCUGAUAAAUUACCGCCUCACAGAUCCUAUGAUUGUGCUAUCGAUUUAUUGCCUGGCACUAUACCUCCUAAGGGCAGGGUGUACCCUUUAUCUAUUCAAGAAAACCGUAUCAUGGAGGAGUAUGUUAAAGAAUCACUAGAAAAGGGGUUCAUUAGGAGAUCCUCUUCUCCGGCUGGAGCAGGGUUUUUCUUCGUAUCUAAGAAAGAAGGUGAUUUAAGACCGUGCAUCGAUUAUAGAGGUCUAAACAAAAUCACUAUCAAAAAUGCAUACCCUAUACCCUUAAUUACAGAGUUAUUUGACAGGCUGAAACAUGAUACUGUGUUCACCAAAUUGGACCUUAGAGGUGCAUACAAUUUAAUACGCAUAAAGGAAGGUCCCAAAAGGAAGACUGCAUUCAACACUAGAUCCGGUCAUUACGAGUAUACUGUUAUGCUAUUUGGUCUUUGCAAUGCCCCAGCAGUAUUUCAGGAAUUUAUUAAUGACGUCCUAAGAGACUUUAUUCACACAUUUGUAAUUGUAUACUUGGACGACAUAUUGAUAUAUUCUACAGAUUUAUACACUCAUCACAGACAUGUCACAACGGUCCUGAAGACCCUUCUUACUAAUGGUCUUUAUUGUAAACUAGAAAAAUGUUUAUUUGACCAAUCCGAAGUCCAGUUCUUGGGGUAUUUGAUUUCCGCCAAAGGGUUUCGUAUGGAUCCCCAGAAGCUUUCUGCUGUCAUAGAGUGGCCUCUACCACAGGGUUUGAAAGCAAUUCAACGUUUUCUUGGUUUCUCUAACUAUUAUAGACGCUUUAUUAAGGGUUUUUCUUCUAUUGUAGCACCUAUCACCCGUAUGACAAAAAAGGGUGGUAAUACUCGUGUCUGGUCUCCCGAGGCACUUCAGGCUUUCGACUUUCUUAAAACUACAUUCGCCUCUGCACCUAUUUUACAGCACCCUAUCCCCUCACUGCCUUAUAUUCUUGAAGUUGAUGCUUCUGAAAUCGGGGUAGGUGCUGUUUUAUCCCAAAGAGAAUCGCCUGAAAAGCCAUUGCAUCCUUGUGGCUUCUUUUCUAGACAAAUGUCCAAAGCUGAAAGGAAUUAUGAUGUGGGUAAUCGUGAACUUCUUGCUAUUAUCUUAGCUCUUAAAGAAUGGAGACACUUGUUAGAAGGAACUAAGGAUCCUAUCCUCAUUUUUACAGAUCACAAGAAUCUAUCCUACCUUGGUGAAGCUAAAAGAUUAUCUUCUAGGCAGGCUAGAUGGUCACUAUUUUUGUCCCGUUUCAAUUAUAUUAUCACCUAUAGGCCAAGUGAUCGCAACAUUAAAGCAGAUGCUCUGUCCAGACAGUUCGAAACUACUGACAAACAGGAGGUUGAUGUUACUCCUGUCAUUCCCCCAGACAGGAUUAUAGCUACUACUAUGUUGUCUAUUUCUUCAUCCCUCUUGCAGACCAUACAGGCGAAACAAAGUAUGGCACCUAGCGAGAGGCCUAUUGAUAAAUUGUUUGUUGAUGUUCCCGAGAGACGGGAGAUUCUGUCAUUAUAUCAUGAUACUAAGACUGCUGGACAUCCUGGUAUUACCAAAACGAUGUCAGCAGUUUCUCAAUAUUUUUGGUGGGGUUCCUUACGCAAGGAUGUCACUGACUAUAUAAGUGCUUGUACUACUUGUGCAUGUAUGAAAACGUCUCGUAGAGUUCCUUGUGGGCUUCUGCAUCCCUUACCCGUUCCCGAGAGACCUUGGUCUAACCUAUCCAUGGAUUUUAUUGUUGAAUUACCCCCUUCGAAUGGUAACACAGUCAUCCUGAUGAUAGUAGAUCGGUUUUCCAAGAUGGCUCACUUUGUGUCUCUUCGCAAGUUGCCCACAUCCAAGGAACUGGCUCUUAUCUUCGCUAGAGAAGUAUUUCGGUUACAUGGUAUUCCUGUAUCUAUCGUGUCCGAUAGGGGUAGCCAAUUUAUUUCCAGGUUCUGGAAAGCCUUUUGCUCAGAAAUGGGUAUUUCUCUCUCAUUUUCUUCCGCUUACCAUCCCCAGUCUAAUGGAGCUGCUGAACGUGCCAACCAGUCUCUGGAGCAGUACCUUCGUUGUUUUGUGUCUCACCAUCAGGACAAUUGGUCUGACCUACUUCCUUGGGCUGAGUUUGCUCGGAAUAAUGCCACUCAUGAUUCUUCCGGCAAAAGCCCUUUUUACGUUGUCUAUGGCCAGCAUCCCAUUGUUCUUCCGGCUGCAUUCUCCUCACAGGGCAUGCCAGUUCUGGAUGAGCAUUUGGCUGGUUUGGGUAAUACUUGGGAGCAGGUUCAGCGUUCUUUGGUGGAUUCCGCUGCUCGCCAGAAGGCUCAGGCUGACAAGCAUCGCAGGGCGGCUCCUUCUUAUGUUGUGGGGGACAGGGUUUUGCUUUCCACGCGGAAUAUUCGCCUGCGGGUGCCUUCUAUGAAAUUGGCUCCCCGCUUCAUAGGUCCUUAUCGUAUACUGCAUAAGGUUAAUCCUGUUUCAUUGGCCUUGGGUCUUCCUAGGUAUCUGCAUAUUCCUAAUGUAUUUCACACCUCGUUGUUGAAGCCUUACGUACGCAACCGCUAUACCCGGCAUUCUCCGCCUCCCCCUCCUGUCUCCGUGGAGGGUCAUGAAGAAUUCGAAGUCUCUGCUGUUCUUGACUCUCGUUACCUUAGGGGUCGACUUCAGUACUUUGUUAUGGGCCUGAGGAGCGCAGUUGGAUUUCAGCUGAUGCUGUUCACGCUCCCCGCCUUGUGCGUUCUUACCAUUCUCGUUUUCCUGACAGGCCUGGCCCUACCGGCGGGUAAGUACUGUAGCGUUACUUACCUUAUCCAGGGGCUGGCCGCGGUCCUCUCUUCGAGAGGCUCAUCCGACAGCUUCACUAGGAAGGCGGGCAGUGACCACGAGAAGCGGUCCCCAAGCCCCUAGUUACCCCCCCACCCAAAAAAUUAAUAAACCCCUACCUACCCCCCUCACCCUAAAAAUAGUGAGGGGGAACAAGAGAACUAAAUACCUGUAAAAACUAAAUAAAACUUAUUAUAUGAUGUCUUCUUUUUCCAGCCCCAAAUAAAAGUCCAUAAUACCCUUCGCACUUUGAAAAUAAAAUAAAAAACCCAAGCACAAAAAAAAUUACACUAAAAAAUAAUCCAUCUUCACCCAUGGAGGGCACAGUGCAGACAUCAAAAAGCCACAGGCUGCUCACUGUUUACUAGACAUGCCCCUACUCGCGGUAUAGCGAGUAGGGGCAGAAUUUACUAAUACUAAGUAAUCUUUACUUAGUAUUAGUAUAUUUGGCUUAAGGGCCAAUUUAGGUCUUUCAGGCUUUUGGUAGAUAGCUCCCUGAUACUGUGGGAAUUAAAGAGUUAUCUACUAAGCGGCUGCAAGAUACAGCCGCGGCAUGAAUAGGAUCGGAGUUUCAUUCAUUAUAAUUAAAUUCUGAUAUGAACAAAGUCCCGAAUUGCUCCUAACAUGAACAAACUGUUCUCAUUCUGUUAGGACGCAAUUUGGUAGUUUUGCCGGGUUCUGUCUAAGUGACAGGUCGUUUGGGAAUACUGACAGGAAGCAUCGCGAGAUCACGGAUCAAAGGUAAGAAUUGUGGGGAAAUUACUUUGAUCACCGGAAACGAAGCACACUUUGCUCCUCCGCUGGUCAAAGCUGGUCAAGCGUAGGAAACCUCCAUAAGACAAGUAGUCCCUACGUUGUCUUAUGUUUUAAAGAACACUAGAGCAAACCAGAAGAAAUUAAGAACAGAUCCUGACAGAGGGAGAGAAGAGGAAUUGAUUAAAGAAAGGUAAGUUCGGCGUGACAGUGCUGCUUUAACUUUGAAAAGGUUUGGGAAUCCUGGACUGAAAGUGAGUACGUUGACUGACUGUAAUAUUACUUAUUAAGAAUUUACAGACUGUGCAGUGGGAACCCCCCUCUGUCUAUCUCCGCCUUCCCCUUUUUAAAGGGGCAAGACAUAUCAGAAGGAUUAAAUCUAACGGCGACCAUAUUCUCUUUAUUCUUCUCUAUCUACUCUUUUCUCUUUCUUCUGGUCCUGUUUAUUGUUUAACCUUGGUAGACUCCCUUACGAGGCCUUCUAGCCCUAGAUGUUUUUAAAAGUAAAUGAGGAUACAGGUUUUUGAGAGAUUCCUUACGUAUAAAUGUUGGGAUCUUGGUCUGGCUGUCAGGACUCCUAGGAGACCCAACACGCAGGGUGUAAUAGAAAAACGUAUACUGGACCUUAGAGUGGCCGGGCUUUACGUUUGACAGAAAGAGAAUGGUUAAUACCAAGCCGGGUUCAAGGAAUACAGAGAUCAGGAAAACGAGUAUAUUAGCCGAGUCAGGGAACCAGAUAAGAGAGUAGUCGAGGUACGAGAGCCUAGUCAAAAACAGGAGAAUGGAGAGUAGUCAGAUAGCUGAGGUGAAGAUACCAAAGAGAACAAUCAGGAAAGAAGCGCUAUUGGGAACCAAACAAGAACCACAACAAGGCAAAGUCCUAUGUGUGAACCAGCCUUUUAUAGGUUGGCUCUUUAAAUUGGAAGCCACGCCCACAAAAUGUUCGAAUCCGGACAUUUUGGUAGGCCUUGGAUUCAUCGGCGGCAUGACGUCGGCACGUACGCGGCCAGUGGUGUAUCCUGGUUUUGUGCUGCCCUAGGUAGGACAAAACUCAGGCUCCCCCCAAACCCCCCUGCGCGCGUGACCUCCACCCAUCCCUUCCCCCCGCCUUCUAAAUACACACACACACUCACUGACAGAUACGCAUACACUAGCUAACAGAAACACAAACUCACUGACACACGGACACACACUCACUCACUAGCAGACACACACACACUCACUGACACACACACUCACAGGCAAACAUACACACACAGUCAGACACACACACAGUCAGACACACACACACAAACACACUCGCUCACUAGCAGACACACACUAGCAGAAACACACUAACAGUCAGACACACACACACUCACUAACAGACACACACACUCACUAAUAGACACACACACUCACUAAUAGACACACUCACUCACUAACAGACACACACACACUUACUAACAGACACACACUUACUAACAGACACAUUCACUCACUAACAGACACAUUCACUCACUAACAGACACACUCACUCACAGACACUCACUAACAGACACUCACUAACAGACACACACACUAGCAGACACACUCACACACUCACUAACAGACACACACACACACACACUCACUAACAGACACACACACUCACAUUAACACAUGUACAUUUCCUUACCUUUGGGAGUGCUGGGGAGGGAGGGGGUUCUCUAUCUCCCUGGUGGUCCAGUGGCUGCUGGGUGGGCGGCAUUGGCGGGCGGGCGGGCGGCUGACGAGGGAGCUCUUCCUGUGAGCUGACUGCUCAGCUCCCUCGCGCGCCGCAGAGUGAGGCCGGGAGCCGGAAUAUGACAUCAUCCACCCGGCUCCCAGCCUCACUCUGCAAAGCGCGAGGGAGCUGAGCAGUCAGCUCACAGGAAGAGGAAAAAAGAUAUGUCGGGUGCUCACUCCAAAGAUAAACAGUAGAUAGGCAGCAGUAACAAAAAACAAGGAUUCCCAGCCUUGAUAAGAAACAGUAUAAAAAGGGAGGAGAGAAACCGCGCCUUAUAUGAAUUAAAUAUACAUACACUUGAUGUCUCUUAGUGGUUGCAGGUAAUUUGUCCUCAAAAAGAAAACAAAAAGAAAUAUACACAAUAGUGUAGUAUUUUUAACAAUAUUGAGAAGGAGUAAUAAAUAUUAUUUAGAUUUAUUACUCCUUCUCAAUAUUGUUAAAAAUACUACACUAUUGUAUAUAUUUCUUUUUGUUUUCUUUUUGAGGACAAAUUACCUGCAACCACUAAGAGACAUCAAGUGUAUGUAUAUUUAAUUCAUAUAAGGCGCGGUUUCUCUCCUCCCUUUUUAUACAGCUCACAGGAAGAGCUCCCACGUCAGCCGCCCGCCCGCCAAUGCCGCCCAGCGCCCAGCAUGUCUGUUAGCCGUGAGGCUAACAAGACAUUUGUCCUGGGCAUUUGGGGGGCGGCUUUUUUUGCCACCCCCUGAAAAAUGCCGCCCAAGGCAAAUGCCUUGUUUGCCUCGCGGCUAAAACGCCCCUGUACGCGGCGUUAGGAUGUCAUUAGCAGCAGGCGUUGGAAGUGCUUGGAGUAGGAAUGCUGUCUAAAAGGUGAGUGAGCAUGACACUGGCCCAGCAAUGCUUAUCCUAAUACCGAUGUGAAGUCUGUUGAGGGCGGUGUAGGGAGCUUUAUAUGUCUACAUUAACGAAACAAUGUCUUUAUUUUCAUAUAAUAUAUUAAAAACCUGACAAGGUUAAUUUUGAAUAGCCUUAGGGGUUCAGAUCAAAAGUAAAAAAAGUAAGGAAGUAAGUAUUCAUUCCUCUCCUGUAUGCAUUUUCUCGGUUGGUCUCUUUAUCUAUGCAUAAAUCAGGAACCUCCUAUGAAGGAAGCAUAUGAGUUAUCCAGAAUAUACAAUUUGAUCAAUAUAUUUGAUAAUAAUCUAAGUAUCAAAAUAUACUUUGUAUUUACAAUGCACCAAAAGUAACUGCAGAAAAUGACUUUACAUAUUUGGUAGCUAUUCAGAAUGUUAGUUGCUUUGACAAUAGAUUUUUUUUUUUCCCUUUUGUGCCAGAAAUGGAAGAUUUGCCUUUUGCCUUAAUGUCACACGCUGGAGGACUGCAUGGAUUUCCAGAAAAAUAUCAAGAAAUUGUGAGGAAACAGUUUCAAAUAGUAUAUCUUGAUGAAUUUCUGAGGAAUAAGGAUAAAUAUUCUCCAAAGAUUCAGACAAUGCUACUGUGGUGGCAUCUGCCUGUUGUUGACAGAGAACUUCUGGAUUCCCUUCCAAACCUGAAAGUUAUUGGGAGUUCUGGAGCAGGAGUUGAUCAUUUGGAUCUACAGCUUAUAUCAAGUUAUGGUAUCAAAGUGGCCAACACAUCUCAUGUGGGAGAUGAUGCUACGGCGGACAUGGCGAUGACCCUCAUGUUGACCUCUGCUAAACAAAUAAUUCAAGGUACAAUUAAAUAUUUUUUUUUAUAAAUCUUUAUUUUUCGUGUGGAAAGAUGAUAAACGCACGUGUAUGGCCACAACAGCCUCUACCCGUCAAUCAGCGUCAGUGCGUAGUAAAUACAGGCAUUGCUGGAUUCUUUUAACACACAUUUUGUAUUUACAAUAGGUCUCGUUGUUAUAGUGAGUUAUUUAAAUCGUAUAACUGUGAGGGUGGAAGACACUUGUCUGCUUAGGUCACCCCUUGUUUUAUUGGGUCUUAAGUGGAGGGGAGAGGGUGGUUACAGCUAAGUCUGGGUACUAUUUCUGGUUCCCUGCCAUGUGCCUCAAGGUUGUGGGUGUAUGGUGUACCCCGUGGCCCUUCUGCAUAUAGGCCGGGAGUGGGUUGUGGUGGUCGCGGGAUCCAUCCGUAGGUUUCCCUUCUAUGACUAAGUCCGCUCCCUUGUUUGUUCCUGACUGUGGCUAUUGGUUUGCACCCGUGUGUGUAGUGCUCUAGGAGUAUUUUUGUCCUAGUGGUGGCUGCGCGUGGUUGCUGGUCAAUUUUACAACUAUGGCUUUUAAGUCUAGGUGUAUAUAAGUCGCUGUGGUGUUACAGGAUCAAGCUGUACCCGUGGGACUUCAGGCUAGGGUUAUUAGACUUGGUGGUGAGCUUGAUGCAAGUCAGGGUUGCUAGGUCGCCCUUGAUGUCAGUUCCCUUUAACCCCUGGGAGGGGGUGGUUGGCUCUAGUGGGCCUUUUUUGCACUGCAAUAACUUUUAGAAUGAGAAAGAACUAUAUGUAAGUUAAGGAACAGUCUUAGUAACACAAAAUAUUUAAACUAAAUAUUUAAACUAAAGCCUAAGCGGCUGUCGGCAGAGACAGUUCGUUCAGGUUUUGGGUUUGGUGCCCCUGCUUGUUCCAGGAGUCGCGGUUGUAUCUGCGCUUGUUGUCCCUGGCUGAUGGUCUAGCUGUGUCGUCGAGGUCGAUGUGAGGUUCGGUAGUCCUAGUGCAAUCAUCAGUGCUGGGCCCUCGGUGGCCUUGUAGUGCUUAUCAUCUUUAGUGAUCCAGAGAGUUCCUGGGGUCGCCCAUCUAUAGGCUAGUCCUGUCGCUUGGAGUUGUUUGGUGAUUGGGUGCAUACUCGCGCCAUUGUAGUGUAGCCCUGCUUAGGUCCUGAAAAAAGGAGAGUUUGCAUGCUUUGAAGUCAAAAGGGGUCUUCCCUUGUAUUGCUGCCAUUAGCCCCAGUUUGUCUGACAUUGAUUGGCAUCUUAGUAUUAUGUCCCGUGGAGCUGAGGUGGGUGCUUGUGGGGAUUUGGCUAUCCUGUAAAUCCCCUCGAAUUGAAAUAUUUUUGCUUGUCUUGUCGGCAAGAGUGUGGCCACAAGGCAUCUAGUGAAGUGUGGCAAUUCUUGUAGUGGCACUGACUCAGGUACCCCUCAAAUUUUUAUAUUUUUGCGGCGCCCUCUGUCAUCCAGGAGGCUAACGCCUGAACAUUGUCGCUUGUGAGAAUUGUAGGUGUCCUGGUAGUUCUCCCUCAUUCCCUUGACCUCCUCUUCUAUUGCCUGUGUGCGCGUGGACACUGCGUGCACGUCUAGCUUAAGUACUGCCAGAUCCGCUUCCCACAUUUGUCUGAGAUUCUGUUGUAGGCCUGUCAGCAUUGCCUGUAUGUCUUGUUUUGAGGCCGGUGUGCUGGCUUCUGAUGUCCAUGUGUGUAUGGGGUGUUGGGAACUGGGGUGUGGGCUGUCUUGUGUUUUUCCCUACUUUGAUGGUUGUGGGGAUGUUUCACGGGGAGUCUGGGCCUUCACUGCGCUUGGGGCCUGUAGCAUUUGGCCUAUGUCGCGCUGCAGUUUUGCAAUGUUUUGGGGCGGUUUUUGCGUCCUUCGACCCAUCUCACCUGAGCUCUGUGUGCUGGGGUACCAGUCCUCAAAGUCUGGGAUGUUCCAGGGCUAGUAUGCUCCCGUUAUGGUCUGAGGCUUCCCUCCCGUCCUGUAGGCCUUGCCGCCUCGGCGUUUAGUUUUGGAGCCGGGUGUCAGGAAGAAUGGCAUCGGCGGUCACAGUGGGGUUCUCUGAGGUUUGUGCUUGUAUGUGUGGCCGGGAUUGAUAUGGGGUGUCCCUGAUUGUGUCAGAUUGCAGUGGAUUGCACCUGAGCUCCGGCAAUGUGCGUGAAAACAUACAGUAUUACUUAUCUUGAGACACUAAGCAUGUUUACAAUAUUGAAAAUGCUACAAUGAUCAAUAUAUCCAAAACUUUUUUUAUACUUAAAAACAAAAUCGUAACAAAAAAGCAAAAGAAAGGAGGUAUGGACAGCGACACACCACAAGUCAAAGCCAGUUUGAUAACGUUAAAAGUGCAUGAACGUAUAACAUUAGCAUUAAAUUCCUCUGCCCUGAAAAUGUGUCUAUUAUUGUGAGUGCCAGUUAUUAGCAGAUACGUUAAAAACAGGUAAUAAAGGUAAAAGAUUUGGAUAUGGUAGGCAGAAUUGUGCUAUACAUGGCUACACAAUGUUCAGCAGUUUAUAACAUAAAAAAAUAUUUUAUACUAUUUAAAUGACCACUAUAGCCACCCAGACCACUUCAGCUCAGUGAAGUGGUUCUGGGUGCCAGGUCCUCCAGGUUUUAACCCUUCAGAUGUAAACAUACCAGUUUCAGAGAAACUGCGAUGUUUACAUUGCAGGGUUAAUCCAGCCUCUAAUGGCUGUCUUCCUGACAGCCGCUAGAGGUGCUUCCUCAAUGCGAAAAUCGCAUUGAGCACGCAGAACAUCCAUAGGAAAGCAUUGAGAAAACAAUUUUGUUUUCCUGACACUAUAGUGAUCCUUUAAGUAUAAACUAAACUUCUGAUAAACAGCAACAACUUAUCUCCACCACAAAGUGCCCCCUCCCAUGUAACUUCCACCAUAACGAUAUGUGUAUAAAGAAAUACCUAUUGACUCAUAGUUGUCACGGCUCAUGGCAUAUCUGACCGCGUGGUUGCACUCAAACAGAGAAGCCAUGCUGUCAGAAAUUCUUUAAACUUACCUUGGGCUCGGCAGGUAGCUCCUUCCGGGUCCCCAGCAGGUGCGACAUUUCUAGGAGCGCCGGUCAUUGCGGACCGGGCUUUUAUAAGAAACCUACCUCAGUCCACGUCAAAGAUGGCCCCGACUAUGACGUGACUCCGCACGCACGUUUAGGGGUCAGACACAGCCAAUUACAGCCUAAAGAGGGUUAUUUAAACUCAAAAUAGCAUUUGGUCAGUGCCCUGUCAUGGUUAUCAGAGAGAGUGUUCCUGAUCAUUAUAUUUCUGGUAUUUGACUUUGGCUUAGUUUGACUUCCCUGAUUUCUGGUAUCCUUGACUUUUGGCUUUCCCUUAUCGAUGUAUCUCGUUCUGUAUCCCUGACCUCGGCAAGUAUUCUGACUAUUCUUGGAUACAUUAAGUCCAGCCAUUCUAAGGUCCGGUUAUAUGUUAUCCUUAAUCCUAGGUGUGAUAUUAUUCUGCGUGCUGGAUCACUUAGUAAUCCUGACAAUAGUAUGGUCAUGUCCCGCCACCACCUCCACUGAAAACCAUGCCGUGCACGCCACGGUUGCUCUAAUCUUGAUUUGGAGUUGUUCAAGGAAGAAAAGUAAAAUUUCCAAGUUUGGUAGAAUUUAUUAACCAAGAUUGUUUUUGUUGGUCAAAAUGUUCAACCAAUCAAUUUUAAAGAGAAAAUUGAGUUUGGUUAAGAAUAUAGGGCAAUAGGGCAAGGAGAGGUGGGAGGGAUCGAGCUGGUAUUGUCAUGUAAACUACUAGGUCAUCGGCGAAAGCCGAAACCCUCAAGGUAGUGUCACUAAUCGGUAUGCUCUGAAAUCCUUAAAAGUUCUAAAUAGCACACAACAGGGGAUCAAUUGUUAAGUUAAAGAGUAGAGGUGACAGGGGACAACCCUGUCUCACACUCUUCUCCAGGAUUAAAUAAGGGGAGUCAAGACCAUUCAUGGUGAUGCAUGUGCUCUGAUUGUGUCGUACAUUUUUAAUAAAGUUUACGAAAAUGUUUCCAAAGUAACGCAAUUUUUAGUACCCAAAUUAGAUGUUGCCACGUGAUGCUGUCAAUGGCCUUUUCUGUAUCGAGACUGACCAGUGAGGGCGAAGGAUCCAUCUCACACUCCUGGCUAGCACCCACCACCGCCGCCAGUGCUCUGUGGGUCGCCAGAAACCAUCUGGCGACCCACCACAAAGCCCAACUGUAGAGGUGUGUGCAGUCAUGAUAGAAACUUUUGCACUCUAGUUGCUAUGAUCUUAGUAAAGAGUUUGAUAUCCAGGUAAAGUAAAGAUAUUGGACGAAUUGAUGUUAGAGCAUCCAUGCUCCUGCCUGGUUUUUUUGAAGGACUGUACGUGCUUGAUUAAGGGAGUCUACAGAGAGCCCUUCUAGGUAAAUUUCAUUGAAAACUUUUGUUAUUUUCUAACUAAUAGAUUGUUUGAAGAUUUUAUAGUAUUUGGUGGUGUAGCCAAAUUUAAGGGAUGUGAUGGCUACAUGAAUCUCUUUCUCUGUAAUGUGUUCAUUAAGGAACUCCCUGGAGCCCUCAUCAAGACAAGGUAAUUGUAAUUGUUUACUCACCAAUCCAAAAUCAUUACACCUCUUUCUUUCAAUUCAUACCGCUGUAAAGUUUAGCUGCAUCCGUGAUAGUUAAACAAACUUACACGGCCCCUCCCACGCCCUGUAAAAAAACAUGUCUCUUAGCAUCGUUACAGAAGGGGCAAAUCUCCACAUUAUACCUUUUGCUAGUUACUCAUCCCUCACAAAUAGCACAAAAAAAUAUAUCAGCAUAGAAAUGUGACGUAGGCACCCUGGAGAAUCAAGUGAUUGGUCUUACAUAUGUAAACAAUAGGGACACUAACCAUUUAUGUCACACAAAGAGCAAGCAUACAAAAUGCUUUAUAUAUUUCUUCAUAAUGUCCUCAUUAAAAACUUCAUAAAAUGCAAAGACUACAAACAGAUAAAUACUGGAAACAAUGCGGAAAAACAGGCAUCUUCUUGCAUUGCUUCGGGUGAUGCCCUAAACAAAUCCUACUGGACUCAGGCCCCAUAUCCUCUCACAGGUAACAGGAAACCAAUUCCAGCUAGAUCCCUGGGCCCUUUUGCUUUUGAAACCACUUGAUUCUUUUACCCAUAAAUGAAAAGAAACUAGCAGCUAAAAUGGCACAUAAUGCAAUAGGUAAUUCGUGGGCAGAUAGAUGUAUAUCUUUGUCUACCUCAGGAAUUCAGAAAUUAAAAGAAUCCUUAGAUCCUUACAGACUGACCCCACAAUUGAAUGACACCCGUUAAUCGUUCCAUAAAAUUUGGGACCCCUGACUGUCAAGUGGAAUAUAGGCAACCAUAGAGACUCAUCUCUUUGUGGUCUUAGCUACAUGCAUACACUUACUUCGCCAUCCACACCUUUCUUUCUCUUCCCCCCUUCCCUUACUAUCCUUUCCCUAAAUCCUCCUCUCCCAUGCUCUCACCAACCUUUCCUGUCAUACACAUGUAAAUAGUUUCACCUAUAAAUAUCCUUUUUCACUUAUUCUCCCCCUCUCUCCACCCCACUCCUACACUCAGUGGUGUAUUUAAGAUUUGUGCUGCCCUAGGCAGGACGGUGCUCAGGCACCCCACCCCUUCCUGUUAAGGUCGCACUUUGACUGACAGACUCAUACACUCAUAGACAGACUCAUACACUCAUUGACAGACGCAUACACUCAUUGACAGACACUCUCAUAUACACUGACAAACAAUGACAUACACACACUAUUACUUGAACACACACUGACAGGCGCACGCUCUCACUGACAGGCGCACACACUCACUGACAGGCGCACGCACUUAUAGACAGACACACACACAUACACAUUUCUCCCAACACUCACAAAUAUUAUUUUUUACAAUUUAUUUUAAAUCCACCCAGCAUACCUGGGAGAGCUGGAGUGGAUUAUUUACCUGUGGUCCAGUGUGGCUGCUGGGCGGGCAGGCAGGGGCGGACAGGCUGAGUAGGCGGUGAGGGAGCUCUGAUUUUCCUGCUCAGCUCCCUCGUGCACCUCUUAGUGAUGCUUGGUGCCGGUCUGACGUCAUAUUCUGGCUUCAUUAAGCAGCGCGGAGGGAGCUGAGGAGGAGGGGCUCAAAAGUGGCCAGCCAGCUCCUGAGCCCUCCAGGACAUGAGGCAAACAAGGGAUCUGCCUGGGCGUUUGGGGUGGCUUUUUUUGCCGUCCCCUGCAAAGGGCCGCCCAAGGCAGAUGCCUUGUUUGCCUCGCGAUAGACACGUCCCUGCCUACACUCCCACUCCCCACUGUCCUCUCUCAUCCCUGGACAUAAGACUAAGCAUAAACCUACUACCUUGGGCAACAAUUCACUAUUAAAUUAUUGAAUGCUCCAAUAACUCUUCCUAAGGUUAAACACACCUUACUCAAUAGUUUGUUACCCCAUUUUUAAAUUAAUCCAGCUUUCCCUAUAAGAAAUUGCACAGGGAUUCAGCAAUGAUAAGCUAAAUUUAACAAUUCCCCAUGUGCUUUACUUGCGUGGAGCGGUCUUGUGAUUGGAGGUACCAUAAUUAGGCACGACAACAAAUGUUUUUCAUAUAUAUUAUUGUACCCUUGAAUAUACUCUGUGCAGAGACUGUUUAAUUCUAUUUUCCUUUUUAUUUGUCUUCCUACUUUUGCUGUUCUUUUGUGACAAUUUUUUACAAAACUUAAAUAAAUAAAAAAAAAUUAAUCCAACAGCCAUUUAGCCUCCAGACUUUUUUUUUUAAAUAUUUUUUUAUAAAACAUAGAAGGUGCCCUGAAUAUCUGAUAAAAUGUGAGAAAUGUUUUAAUUUGUCUCUAUACAGUGAUGAUGAACUCUCAAAGAAUAAAAAUAAUGCAUGGUUUUAUGCACUAGCAAAACAAGUUCCAAUCCUUUUAGGAAGAUAUAAAGAUUUUCCUAUUAUAGCCUGUUAGAUCACUAAAAGAUUUAAAAAAGGCAUUUAGCGUGAUCAUCACUUUUGAGUCUUUUGGCUCAAUAGGAAAAAACAAACAAAAACCAAUUCUCAUGACAUGAUAUUGCUAAUAAAUAAAAGUACAAAAUAAAAUUAGUCCCUCUCAUAUUUGAAUAUUGUAAGACUGACAUUAAAUCUCAACUAAGAGCCUUUUAUAAUACAAAUGUCCUUGAAAGUACCCAAAGCAUUUUAGACUCCUCACACAGUGAUGAACAUAACAGUCUUUUCAUGUUUUUUCCUUUUCAUUUGCUUUUCUGCCCCUCCACUAGCCUCCUUUAUUUAUACAUAUCUUUCUACCUUGUGCCAGAUCUCAAUAUAUGGGUAACGCCAUUUUGUUUUCCUCUGCUCAUGAUGUCUAUUAUUUGCACUUCUGUAGGAUCCUUUUUACUGAUGGAUUCUGGGAAAACCUAAUUUGCAGCUGAAUCAGAACCUUGAUUUGAAACUUGAAUGUAGUACCUACUUUUUCUCAUGUAAAUUUGACCAUUCAGCAAAAAAAAAAAAAAGUUUAUUUUUAGUGUCAAAGGUGCUUUAUUUUCUGAGUAUAAUAAAGCAAUACAAUUACAGUCAACAUAUUGUGGGCAGUUAAGCAACAUUGUGUGAUUGUUCUAAACAAUGGAAAUAUCUGUAAUGACGUGGUGACUAAUUUGUAUUCCCAACCUAGAGAUUAAGAACUACUGUAUCAAGGAGGGUUUGUGCCCCUGGAUUGUUGCAGUCCAUUUUUUAUUACUAAUUCCAUAUAUAUUCCUGUCUGUAUAUGAUUCGUGUGGAUAGAUUUAUACAGUUCUGGUAUCUGUACCAUUUAGUAAUUUAGUUUUUUUUUUAUGUAGCUAAGCCCUUCAUAAUGGAGUAACUGACAGCCAUUUUGUUUUUCAGCCCACCAUAUAGCUUGUUCACCGGAAACAAAACAUUUUGAUUUGAAUUGGGAGAGUGAAAAUAUUACUGAGGCCACACUCGGCAUCAUAGGAAUGGGAAGCAUUGGGUACAGCAUAGCAUUGAGAGCCAAAGCUUUCAGAAUGAGGAUUAUCUACCACAACAGGAACCGAAGGUGAGAACAUAUUGUUCAGAAAAAUGCUUUGUGAAUCAAAAGUUUCUUGUUCCUUUAGUACUGAUGGUCCAAAAAAGUCUGUAUAUCUUUUAGACUACUAAAGUUUACUGCUAAUGAGGUGUCUUGCAUUCAAGGUUGCUGAACGCAGAUGUUUGUUUUAAAAUACAAUAUAUACGAAGGAGGCAAGCACUAAUUUGUAGAAACAUAAAUUCUGAAAUCAUUCACUAACAUAUGAAUGAUUGAAAACUGGGUAGUUGCAAACGUUAAGCCAAAACAGUCAAUCUGUAAUAAUUACUGUGCUAGAGAAGUUUUCAAAUUGAUUUAUAUUUGCCUAAAAUUUGAAUUGUCUAAUUCAGUAAUUGGUUAUUCAGUAACUAGUCACAUCAUUUAGUUAAAGGGCUCAGCACAAUCGAUAUAAAACAAGCUAUGAAUGUAUUAAAGCUAUACAUAAACCCCCCACGAUUUUAGAACGUGUUUGUGUCUUAGUUUCUUAUGGUUAAACAGCAAUCCUACUGAAAGAGGAUACAGGGGCUCCCACUGGUCAUUUGGAGUCUCUGUUUUUUGUUCAUUUGCCUUUGGGAGCUCAACGGUGACCUAUUCUCCAGCGCUAAUCUAAGUUAGCUUAGUAGAGAUAAGACACUGUAUGAAUUAUUUAUUUAUUUUUUACUUCCUUAUUGAAGUUUGUAUAGUGUGAACUAAAGCCCCUAUACACACACCAUUGCACUUUAUCUUCUAGUACUUACCAUCGAAAAAUUAACUUGCAGUUAUUUUAAAUGGCUGUAGACACUGUAGGCACUGUAACUGCUUCAGCUCAUUUGUGCCAUUUCAUCAUUCAGCAUUAAAUAGUUUUUCAUGUUUUAGUGUUAAGCGAGUGACCAGCAGCAUAUAUCCUCUGUGCUGCUUGGCCUGAUGAGGAAGCAUUGGGUGGCUGUGAUUAAUUGAUAGUGACUGUGUGACAGUGAUAAUGAUUGACUGUUUUCAGCAUGUCACAGCAACCAAUGAUGAUAUGACUUGCUAUUAAUUUUUGCCUUAGCCAUACCUCCAAUAAGGGCUCAGCCCUUAUGUAAUGUUAAACUGUUGAAAAAUAGUUUAACACUGAAUGAUGAGGGAUAUCGUCAGGGGUACUACAGGCACUAUAACCAAUUCAUUGAGAUGAAAUGGUUAUGGUGCCUACAAUAUCCCUAUAAGGAAAACAUUUUUUUUUGAAUUGUUGAAAAGUACAAAAUGGUAGAUGUGUAUACCUGCAAGGCCAAUUAGCUGGUAAACUUUUUUUAUAUGCUCAAUGCAUACACUCCUAAUUUGGAAGAUUUGACACAAUCCUACAUGGAAAUGGUACAUGUGUAAUAGUUGAUGAUUUUAAUGUGGGCCUUCAUGGGACAGAAGCUCUAGAGCAGGCCAACCAAGGUCUCAUAACCUUGUAUCCCUAUAUUUAACUUCCACCCACAUUGAUUUACUCAGACUCGAUCUUGGGCAGGAUGGUUAUGAAAUUACCAUGAUAGCUUAAAUUUUGUAUGCUAAGAAAACUAAUGCAUCUCCUCUUUUGUUAUUUUGAUAGCAGAGAUGACUUUUAACAGGCUUAAGUGUCUCUUUUUUUACUUAAGCUCUUAUUUCAGCCUUGAAUUUAUGCACACUUCCGUAAGGGCUCAAGUACAAGGGGCUCCCAUGAUGCCUUUUGAGAACCAGGCAGGACUAACCCCCUUCUUUCUUCCUAUUUGCACAUUAUUUAAUAGGUGAAAGAAAGUAGAACUAGAGCCAAAUCAAAGGUACACUUUUAAAGAACGGGGGGUAACCCCAAAUAUGAACAUAGCAAGAAGAACAAGUUGUGUACCUGUAUGUAAUCGGUGUAAAAUAAAGAACAAAAUAGGUACGAUACUAAGUAUAUCAGUCUCAGACAAAUAUGCUGAGAAGAUAUACUAUUAAGCAAAGUAUACUAUUAAGCAAAAUAUAUAUGUGUGUGUGUGUGUGUGUGUGUGUGUGUGUGUGUAUAUAUAUAUAUAUAUAUAUAUAUCUCAUACUAAGUGUAUUUUUUAUUAACAUAUACAUAUAUUAAUAUAAAAAUACACUUAGAGUAAAAUUACACACGUGUAUAUUUGUGUACGGGGUAAUUAGAGGACAUACAAUUAAAAAUAUGUAGUUCGAUAAGGAGCAAAGUCGGUUGAGGUGUGCAGAAACCGACGAGAGGUUAGGCAUGCAAAAAGAGGGCCCACCUGGUAUAUUGAUGUAAAUAAUAAAGGGUGAGGUGGGAGGGGAACUUUCAAACGGCGACGAUAGAUAAGCAGGGGUUACUGGGGAUUUCAAUAGGAAAACAACAUCUUCCACAAUUUCAGGCAUAUGCCUUCCACAUAUAAUAUACAGGUGAUACUCGAAAAAUUUGAAUAUCGUGCAAAAGUUCAUUUAUUUCAGUAAUGCAACAUAAAAGGGGAAACUGAUUUAUGAGAUAGACGCAUUACAUGCAAAGCAAGAUAGUUCAAGCCGUGAUUUGUCAUAAGUGUGAUGAUUAUGGCUUACAGCUCAUGAAAACCCCAAAUCCACAAUCUCAGUAAAUUAGAAUAUUACCUGCAAUCAAUAAAACAAGGUGUGUAAAUAGAACAAAGAGCCAACAAAGAGCUCAAUUUUGGUCUCAACUGACCGCAAUGCUUUCACCCGGUUCUCCUCUGAAUCAUUCAAAUGUUCAUUGGCAAACUACAUACGGGCCUGUACAUGUGCUUUCUUGAGCAGGGUGACCUUGCGGGUGCUGCAGGAUUUCAAUCCUUCAUGGUGUAGUGUGUUACCAAUUGUUUCCUUGGUGUCUAUGGUCCCCUCUGCCUUGAGAUCAUUAACAAGAUCCUCCAGUGUAGUUCUGGGCUGAUUCCUCACCGUUCACAAUCUUGCAUGGAGCACCAGACCGAGGGAGACUGACCAUUAUUUUGUGUUUCUUCCAUUUGCAAAUAAUCGCAUUAACUGUUGUCACCUUCUCACCAAGCUGCUUGGUGAUGGUCUUGUAGUCCAUUCCAGCCUUGUGUAGGUCUACAAUCUUGUCCAUGAAAUCCUUGGACAGCUCUUUGGUCUUGGCCAUGGUGGAGAGUUUGGAAUCUGAUUGAUUGAUUGCUUCUGUGGAUCUUGAGAGUGCUCCUAAUCUCAGCUUGUUACCUGUAUAAAAGACACCUGGGAGCCAGAAAUCAUGCUGAUUGAUAGGGGAUCAAAUACUUAUUUCACUCAUUGACAUGCAAAUCAAUUUAUAACUUUUUUGACAUGCAUUUUUCUGGAUUUUUUUGUUUUGUUAUUCUCUCUCACUAUUAAAAUAAACCUACCAUUAAAAUGAUAGACUGAUCAUUUCUUUGUCAGUGGGCAAACGUUCAAAAUCAGCAGGGGAUCAAAUAGUUUUUUCCCUCAAUGUAUCUGAAGUUUCACUGGGACUUCUGAUGGGACAGAGCCUGUUUGGCUUUAGCAGACUUGAGUGCCGUGCAAAGAACUACCUGAGGGGGCCCAUCAGGUGGCCCAUGCACUUAGGGCCACCCGAUGGGCAUAUCUCUAAAGGGGCCCGAUCAGUGCUGUGGAUUUUUAAUAGCUAGUCCGAGCCCCUUUAAGGAUCCUGGCACUGGCAGAGCUAACACCCGUGCGGGAGGAAGCACCGGGGAGUGUGAAGAGGAGAGGAGGACAGAGUCAGACCCACAUCAGCCCCAGGCCCACAGCUAGCAGAGUCCACCUUCCUGCAGCCUAAAGGUAAGAAACAUGAGAGUGGGAGGAAGCACCGGGGAGUGUGAAGAGGAGAGGAGGACAGAGUCAGACCCACAUCCACAUCAGCCCCAGGUCCCCAGCCAGCAGAGUCCACCCUCCUGCAGCCUAAAGGUAAGAAACAAGAGGGUGGAAGGAAGCACCUAUCAGUGUGUGUAUCUAUGUGUACCUGAGAGUGUGUGUGUCUGUCUGUAUCUGUGUAUCUAUCAGUAUGUGUAUCUAUGUGUUUGUUUGUAUCUGGUUGGUAGUGUGCACCUGACUGUAUGUUUUUGUUGUUGUUUUAUUCUUUGAUUUUUUUUAUAGUAGUGCUGCAGCUUUUAUGUUCAUGGUUUUCUAGUGUCUGUGCUUUUGAUUUUUAUGUACACUUUUUGUCCACAAUCAUUUUCACUACUUAGUUGAUAUGCCCCAUUUAUUUUAGUUUUAGUUGGAGCUCUAUUUAAAUGUUUAAACAGAUUGUUAGUUUGUUUUGGUAACUUUGUUGUAAUGUAUAUCUUUUCUAUUUGCCUCUGCCUGUCCUGGCUUUUUGAUCUUUACAUACAGACUGCCCAUGUUGUGUACGUUUUUAUCUUGCAUAUAUUUUAUUAUGUGCAUGGCCCAUUUUCUGUCGUUUGCAUUUAUUUUUUAAAGUGUGUUAGUUUAAUUAAUUUCAAUUAUUUAUAUAUAUAUAUAUAUAUAUAUGUGUGUGUGUGUAUGUGUGUAUAUAUAUAUAUAUAUAUAUAUAUAUAUAUAUAUAUAUUGCUGUAGCGCUCACGCUUUCUUUGUUUUCUGAGAUUCUCAACUAAAGCUAUGUUUGGUGUUAAUCUGCCCAUAUAAUUGAUUACUUUAUUAUUGUUUCUCUACAUUUUUUACACUCAUAUUUUAUUUAUAGUUAGUUUUUAAGUGUAUCUGUUUGUGUGUCUGUAUGUAUCUGUGUCAAUGUGCACCUGAGUGUGUGUGUGUAUCUUUCAGUGUGUAUAUCUGUGUGUCUGUAUAUUUACAUGUAUGUCAGUGUGUCUGUAUAUCUCCUAUGUGUGUGUAUGUAUCAGUGUUAGUGUGUGCAUGUGUGUAUCUAUGUGUGUGUCUGUGUAUAUAUGGGUGCCAGAUUGCACCUUAGUGUGUAUCUCUGUGUGUCUGUAUCUGGGUGUCAGUGUGCAUGUGAAUGUAUAUGCGUGUGUAUAACCGUGUCUGUAUAUUUCCAUGGAUGUCAAUGCAUGUGCCUGUUUCUCCUUUGUGUGUGCAUGAAUGUAUAUCAGUGUGUGUAUGUAUCUGUAUGUAUCUGUGUGUCAGUUUGCACCUGAGUGUGUCUGUGUAUAUGUGUGUAUGUCUAUGUAUCUGUGUCAGUGUGAAACUGAGUGUAUAUGUGUGUAACUAUAUGCCAAUAUGUGUAACUGUGUGUCUGUGUAUUUGCAUGUAUGUCAGGGUGUGUAUCUCUGUGUGUGUGUGUGUGUGUGUGUGUGUGUGUGUGUGUGUGUGUGUAUACACUACAGACAAAUGCACGCUUGCAUUCAAACACCAACAUUCAUUAAAAUUAAAAAAAACUGUAAAAUUAAUUUUAAAAAAAAUGAUAUAUGUAAUUUUAUUCUAACUGUAUUUUGAUUUUAAUAUAUAUAUAUAUUUAUAUCAAAAUACACUUGGAAAGGGGCACACCACGGGCAAACCUCCUCUUCCACCAAGACCUCCCAAAGCGCCCGCAAGGGGGAAGACGCGGCCUCACAGAGGACCCGGGUCUGUAGCCAAAGGAUGUCGACCUCACCGGAGGCCUGGAGCUGGAGAGAAGCCCCCAGCCACACACAGCCCACCUCCACCCUUCAAACAUCACAAAAGCCCGCACCAACCAUACCCAGUAAAGAAAUCGGAUAAUCCAGGGACUUAAUGGAAUUGAUCGGCAGAAGCAGAGAACGGACUAACCCACAACAGCGUUCUGGUAACGUUCUGGCCAAACAAUAUCUGCCCCUACUUUGCAACCAAAGGACAGACAGGAGACUUACACAGCCUGUGUGGUGGACUGUUGCGGCCUAGUUCCACGCUACAUCCAUCACCAUGCAGACCAUGCCUGACACGUAAUCCUGCCUGCAUAACUUUACCUGUUAAGCAACCUUGUUUAACCCAGUGAACCUUUCUCUACUUUAUUCAGUAUAGCCUGCAUGCUAGCUACAGGAUUUAACUUUUAGACAGCUUAGACAGGCCUAAAGGAUGCAUAUCAUGUUGUGUCUUUAGCUAGGUGGGUGAAAUACCUUGCAAUGGGGUCAGAACAUGCACGUACUUAGCAUACCAGCUACUCAAUCAAACAUGCACACCUGUCUCAUCUUGUAUUACUUAAACCUGCAUGUCCUUAGUUUUACACAGCGUGUUUAGCCUGUGAUAUCACUACUACACUAGCACAGCAAAUAGAGCAUUGUUAAGCAUUAAUUGUUAUAUCUACUCACUGGUCUAGAUGAUACCACAUGUGCUGUCUUAACUCUUGAAGCUCCAGCACGUUUCUAUCACCAAUGACAUGUGACAACAUUAAUUGGGAGGAGGGAAGCGAGUUCCACAGGAACGGUGCAGCCCUCGAGAAAUCUUGAAGGCGAGCAUCAGAGGUGGGAGUACGGGCAGAAGAUAGACGUAAGUCUUCAGUAGAUCGUAAGGGCCUAGACGGGACAUACUUGUGUAUAGGAGAGGAUAGAUAGGUGGGACCAGCAUUAUGUAGAGAUUUGAAAGCAAGAACCAGAAUUUUAAAUUGAGCUCUAUAUUUUAUAGGAAGCCAAUGUAGGGAGUGACAGAAGGGUGAUGCAUGGGAGGUGGGGGCGGACAGGAAGAUGAACCUCGCCGCCGCAUUCAUUAUGGACUGUAACGGCGCAAGUUGGGAGCACGUAAGAUCACUGAGAAGCGGAUUACAGUAGUCAAGGCGAGAAAGGACAGUGGAAUGGACUAACACCUUAGUCGCAUCUGGUGUUAAGUAGGGGUGGAUGCGCGCAAUGUUUUUGAGAUGGAAAUGACAGGAUUUGGCGAUAGAUUGAACAUGAGGCUUGAAGGAGAGGUCGGAGUCAAAGAGAACACCUAGGCAGCGAGCCUGUGCGGUGGAGCUGAUGGUAGCACCGUUGACUUGGAGGGAGACAGACACAGGAGUAACAACACUUGAGGGAGGUGUCAGCGGUCUCCCCUCCUCCUACCUGUCGGCAAGCGGCGUCUCCGCGCCGCUCGCGUCCUCCUCCACACCUCCCAGCGGCAGCAUGUAUAACGCUGCACGCUGGGAGCCCGCGCAUUUAUGCAAACGCCGGUGUCAGUCAUGUGACCCGGCGUUAAAGCAACAGUACCACAAUCACAGUGGGAGGCGUAGAUAUCUCCCACGUGUGAUUGUUAAUUCUGAUUGGAAGUUAUCCAAUCAGAAUUAAGCAAAGGAUAUUUAUACUUACCUUUCCUGUCUCUCAGUGCCCUGUUGUGGUCUUGUGAUACCUGUAGUGCAGUUUGCUCGUGUUUCUCUCUGGUUACUGAUUAUUUGGCUCGUUAUUCCGAUUUUCCUGUAUUCUCCACUCCUUUGACCUCGGCUUGUUUCUUGUUCUCCCGUUUUCUGGCUCCCUUUACUUGGCUUGUCUCUUGACUAUUCUUAGUGUGCUUAGCCCGGCCACUCUAAGGACCGGUAUAGCACCCUUCCUCUCUGUGACCUGUUAGGUUCCGGAAUCGUGACAUUACAACAGGGCCACCAUGGAACCUGCUGACAUUCCACAGUUGUUAGUAAAUCAGGAGGCUAGAAUGGAUGGUUUAGACCAUCGUAUGGAUCAGUUUGCCCAGGCUUUACAAACCAUACUGGCUCGUACUGCCCACUUGCGACCUGUCGUUCAAGAAGCUGUUGCUGCUGUGGCAGAACCCAUUCCCGAUCCAGUACCCGCUCCUGCUCACGUGGUUCACAUGACGCCACCACAGCGCUAUAGUGGUGAUCCAGCGUUGUGUCGUGGUUUCCUCAACCAAAUUGAUAUUCAUUUGGUGAUGAAUCCUGUUUCCUACCCCACUGAUAGAACCAAAAUUGCUUUUCUAAUCAACAACUUGUCCGGGAAAGCUUUAGCAUGGGCUAAUCCCAUGUGGGAGAAUACGUCCCCAAUGUCCUUUGCAGACUUUUUGACCGCUUUCAUACGUACAUUUGAUCAACCCGGUAGGGUUGCUUCUGCUGGCAAAGCUCUGCUUAGGGUCCGACAGCGUAAUAGAUCUGUAGCGGAUUAUACUAUUGAAUUCCGCACUCUAGCAGCUGAAGUGGUUUGGAAUAACGACGCCCUCAUAACAGCCUUUCAGGAGGGUUUGGCCGCUUACAUACUAGAUGAAAUAGCAUCCAGGGAAUUGCCUGUUCUUCUGGAUGAUGUAAUAGGUUAUAUCAUUCUUAUUCACAACCGUAUUAGAGAGAGGCGUAGUCAAAGAAGGAUGAAUACACAGGGGUCACCUGCUUUACCCAGUACUGCAUUACUAGCAUUACCUCCCCCUAAUCAACCAUCUCCCGAACCCAUGCAAUUGGGUGCUAUAGGCUUAACUGAAGCUGAAAGAACGUAUCGCAGAAGGGAGGGCUUAUGCCUUUAUUGUGGAAAGAGGGGGCAUCUCCGAAGAAACUGUCCUAGUUUGCAGGGAAACUUCAGCACCUAAGGCCUAGAGAGGGGUCAGCCUCGGGUGUUAUGAUUUUUUCCCCUCAUGUGUCCAUCUCCAGACCAUUUAUUACGGUUACUCGUUUGGUCAAUCAAACCACUAUAACAACUGAAGCCUUGAUUGAUUCAGGUGCUGCAGACAACUUUAUGGAUGAGAACUUUGCAAACACCGCAGCCUUGACUCUGAUCCAAAAGGCCACACCCUUGGCGGUUGAGGCCAUAGAUGGUAGACCACUUGAUAAACCUCUGGUGACCCAUGAAACCCAAGAAAUGGUUAUGGCCAUGGGUGCAUUACACAAGGAAAGGUUAACCUUCCAAAUAAUGGACUCCCCUACAGCUUCCAUCGUUCUGGUCUUUCCCUGGUUAGUUAAACACAACCCGGUACUUGAUUGGGGUUGUUUAGAUAUACCCUCCUGGGGGGAAUCUUGUCAACGAGACUGUAUGGCGUCCCGUUUGCUUACUUAAUUUGCCUACAGCUAAACCACUUUCUGUUUCUGUCCCUCCUGUGUAUGCAGACCUCACAUUGGUCUUUGAAAAAAGGGAGGCUGAUAAGCUACCCCCACAUUGGGAUUAUGAUUGUGCCAUAAACCUGUUACCUGGUACUAUGCCCCCUAGAGGUAAGAUCUACCCGCUUUCUGAGAAAGAAAAUCAGGUCAUGGAGGAGUACAUACAGGAAUCCUUACGUAAAGGUUUUAUCAGAAGGUCCUCCUCUCCGGCUGGUGCUGGUUUCUUUUUCGUUGCCAAGAAAGAGGGCGAUUUGAGGCCAUGUAUAGACUACAGGGGUCUGAAUAAUAUAACAAUUAAAAACGCUUAUCCUAUCCCUCUCAUCACUGAGUUGUUUGACCGUGUUAAAGGUUCUAGAUAUUAUACUAAACUAGACCUCGGGGGGCUUAUAACUUGGUUCGUAUAAAAGAGAAUGAUGAAUGGAAAACAGCGUUCAAUACACGCAGUGGGCAUUACGAGUAUCUGGUCAUGCCUUUUGGACUGUGUAAUGCUCCUGCUGUGUUUCAGGACCUCAUAAAUGAUGUCCUUAGAGAUUGACUGCAUGUCUGUGCCGUGGUUUAUCUUGAUGAUAUACUUGUAUAUUCUCCUGAUUUGAAGUCACAUCAUGCCCAUGUGAGGAUGGUACUUAAGAGAUUGCUGCAGAACGGUCUUUAUUGCAAAUUAGAGAAAUGUUUAUUUGACCAAAAAUCAGUACAAUUCCUAGGGUAUGUCAUUUCUGAACUGGGAUUCAGCAUGGAUCCUUCAAAAUUAGAAGCCAUAUUGUCUUGGCCUCUUCCCCAAGGCCUUAAGGCGAUACAGCGAUUUAUAGGUUUUGCCAAUUAUUAUCGGAGGUUUAUUAAAAACUUUUCAUCAGUUAUUUCUCCUAUCACGAAACUGACUAAAAAGGGUUUGCACCCCAGGGUUUGGACACCUGAAGCCGUUAAAGCCUUCGAGACUCUCAAAAAGGCAUUUGCCACUGCCCCCGUUCUACACCAUCCUGACCCUUCCCUUUGUUAUGAAAGUAGACGCUUCAGAAUCAGGUGUAGGAGCCGUAUUAUCACAAAGACUAUCGCAUACCGAACCCCUCCAUCCCUGUUGUUACUUUUCUAAAAGGCUGUCUGAUUCGGAAAAGAAUUACGACGUCGGGAACAGGGAACAUUGGCUAUUGUGAUGGCUUUUAAAGAAUGGAGGUACUUAUUAGAAGGAGCUAGACACAAAAUUUUAGUUAUAACUGAUCAUAAGAAUCUCUCCUAUAUAGCAGAUGCUAAAAGGUUGUCCUCUCGUCAAGCCAGAUGGUCUUUAUUUCAUUCACGUUUUCAGUUCAUUAUCACAUAUAGGCCUGGAUACCGUAAUGUCAAGGCUGAUGCUAUCUCCAGACAAUACGAACCUUUGGAGUCGAUUGCCCCUGCUCCUGAACCCAUUGUACCUACAUCUAAGAUAAUAGCUGCUACCCGUUUAGUUAUUUCGUCUCUUUUCCUUGAUGGUAUCAAGAUAUACCAAUCCCAAGCACCCUCUGAGACACCUGUUGGUAGAUUAUACGUGAAAGAAUAAGAUAGAAAGAAAUUGUUAGCUUUAUUUCACACCGCCAAAACUGCUGGUCACCCAGGGGUUACCAAAACACACAAGGGUCUCCUUCAACAGUUUUGGUGGCCCUCACUUAAGCAAGACGUAGUAGAUUAUGUGCAGGCUUGUCAUGUUUGCGCACAGUGUAAGUCCCCUAAUGUUAAACCCCCGGGACUCCUAAUGCCUCUAUCCGUACCCAAGAAACCAUGGACCCACUUAUCCAUGGACUUCAUUGUAGAUCUUCCUUUAUCUGAUGGACAGACAGUAAUUUUGACUGUGACUGAUAGGUUCUCUAAAAUGGCACACUUUAUUCCACUUAAAAAACUACCUUCUGCGGUUCAGUUGGCUCAGGUAUUUGCCAAAGAGGUGUUCCGCUUGCAUGGUAUACCACAGGAUAUCGUAUCCGACAGGGGUCCUCAAUUUGUCUCGCGGUUUUGGAGGGGCUUUUGUGCUGAGAUGGGGAUCUCCUUGUCAUUUACGUCCUCCUAUCAUCCACAAUCUAAUGGAGCUGCCGAACGGGCAAAUCAAUCUGUGGAGUUAUAUUUACGCUGCUUCACGAAUGCGCACCAGGACAACUGGUCUCACCUCCUUCCCUGGGCUGAAUUCGCCAGGAACACCUGACUCAUUCGUCCACUGGCUUAAGUAAUUUUAUGGUUGCUUAUGGGUUCCAACCCUCUGUCCUUCUCAGCGUGUUCUCCGACAAGGGAAUGCCCGCUUUGGACGAGCACCUCACCUCCUUACGGAAGAUGUGGGAUCAGGUCCAUGCUACUCUUUCUCGUGCGGCUACUACUCAGAAGAGAUUUGCUGAUCGUCGUAGGGGUGCGGCUCCUUCUCCUUCUUAUGCCCCGGGUGAUAGGGUUUGGUUGUCCUCUAAGAAUCUCCGCCUCGAUUAAAUUUGCGCCCAGGUUCCUUGGCCCCUAUAAGGUAUUCCUUAAGGUGAAUCCUGUGUCCUACUCCCUGGCCUUGCCUCCUUCCAUGCGUAUACCUAACACUUUUCACACCUCCCUUUUGAAGCCCCUGCUCUGUAAUCGAUUCUCUGGUCCUCUCAGGCGUCCGGAUUCCCUCCGCGCUGUCUCCAGUGACGUGUACGAAGUGGCUGCUCUGCUUGAUUCUCUUUUUUCUCGGGGUCGGUUGCAGUAUCUGGUGGAUUGGAAGGGUUACGCCCCUGAGGAGCGGUCUUGGGUUUCUGCCUCUGAUUUGAAUGCGCCCUCUUUGAUCCGCUCCUUUCAUGCGCGGUUUCCUUUAAAGCCUUUGGAUUCCCGCCCAUCGGGCGGUCCUCGAGGGGGGAUUAUGUCAGGGGUCCGCGGGUGGCUGUGAGGGGAGGCUGCACGCCACUUGCAGCACUCACCUUCAGUCCAUUGCCGCAGUCUCCCCUCCUCCUACCUGUCGGCGAGCGGCGUCUCCUCUCCGCUGCGCACCGCUCGCGUCCUCCUCCAUGCCUCCCAGCGGCAGCAUGUAUAACGCUGCACGCUGGGAGCCCGCUCAUUUAUGCAAACGCCGGGGUCAGUCACGUGACCCGGCGUUAAAGCAACACUACCACAAUCACAGUGGGAGGCGUAGAUAUCUCCCACGUGUGAUUGUUGAUUCUGAUUGGAAGUUAUCCAAUCAGAAUUAAGCAAAGGAUAUUUAUACUUACCUUUCCUGUCUCUCAGUGCCCGUUAUUCCAAUUUUCCUGUAUUCUCCACUCCUUUGACCUCGGCUUGUUUCUCGUUCUCCCGUUUUCUGGCUCCCUUUACUUGGCUUGUCUCUUGACUAUUCUUAGUGUGCUUAGCCCAGCCACUCUAAGGACCGGUAUAGCACCCUUCCUCUCUGUGACCUGUUAGCGUGUUAGGUUCCAGAAUCAUGACAUUACAACAGUGCCACCAUGGAACCUGCUGACAUUCCACAGUUGUUAGUAAAUCAGGAGGCUAGAAUGGAUGGUUUAGACCAUCGUAUGGAUCAGUGUGCCCAGGCUUUACAAACCAUACUGGCUCGUACUGCCCACUUGCGACCUGCCGUUCAAGAAGCUGUUGCUGCUGUGCCAGAACCCAUUCCCGAUCCAGUACCCGCUCCUGCUCACAUGGUUCACAUGACGCCACCACAGUGCUAUAGCGGUGAUCCAGCAUUUUGUCGUGGUUUCCUCAACCAAAUUGAUAUUCAUUUGGUGAUGAAUCCUCGUUCCUACCCCACUGAUAGAACCAAAAUUUCUUUUCUAAUCAACCACUUGUCCGGGAAAGCUUUAGCAUGGGCUAAUCCCAUUAUAUUGGAAGCCAAAGGAGCUAAUGAGUUUACCAAGGGAGGCAGUAUAGAUGGAGAACAGUAGGGGACCAAGGACUGAACCUUGGGGGACACCAACAGAGAGGAGUUGGGGAGAAGAAGCAGAGCCUGAAAAAGAAACACUGAAAGAGCGCUGGGAGAGGUAGGAGGAGCACCAGGAGAGAGCAAUAUCUUGUACACUGAUAUUGCGGAGGAUGAGAAGAAGCUGUUGAUGAUCAACAUUGUCAAAAGCCGCAAACAGGUCAAGGAGAAUUAGGAUAGAGUAGUGAACAUGAGAUUUUGCAGCGAGUAGAUCAUUGGAUACUUUGGUCAGUGCUGUUUCCACAGAGUGCUUAGCGCGGAAACCAGACUGAAGCAGGUCUAGCAGAGAGUUGGACUCGAGGAAAUCUGUCAAUCUCGCAUACACAAUUUUUUCAAGGAUCUUGGAUGCAAAAGGCAGUAGCGAGUUGGACGAUAGUUGGAUGGGGAGUUAGGGUCAAGAUUGGGCUUCUUUAGAAUUGGGGUUACAGUUGCAUGUUUCAAGGGCUAUGGAAAUAUAGCAGAGGAGAGAGAGAGAUUGAGAAUUUUAGUGAGAGGUGGAGAAAGAGAAGAAGACAGAGUACGGAUGAGAUGCGAGGGAAUUGGAUCUAGGGAGCAGGUGGUGGGGCGGGAGAACUGGAGCAGAGCAGAAACCUCUUCCAAUGUAGCGGGUGCGAAUGAACAUAGAACAGCAGAGGGAGUGAAGUUAGGGGAAGUAUUGUAAGGGGAAGAAGAAAGAUGAGAGAUCUCUUCUCUGAUUGUAGAGAUCUUGUCAGUGAAGUGAGUUGCAAAGUCUCAAGUUAGUAGGCGGUCAAGUUAGUAGGUGGAGGAGGAACAGCAGGGCGAAGAAGAGAGUUAAAUGUGCGAAAUAGUCGUUUGGGUUCGCGGGAGAGUGUGGUUAUGAGGGUAUUGAAGUAAUUAACUUUUGCAGACGAAAGAGCCAAGCUGUAUGAGCUCAGCAUAAAUUUAUAGUGGAGAAAGUCAGAUGCACAGUGAGACUUUCUCCAACAGCGUUCAGCAACUCUGGAGCAUUUUUGGAGGUAUCGAGUGAGCUUGGUGUGUCAGGGUUGUUGUUGGGGGGGCCUGCGGCAUUUAAAUGUACAAGGUGCCAUGAUGUCUAAUUGAGAGGAGAGGGUGGAAUUGUAGAAGGAGGUUGCAGAACUAGGACAGGUGAGGUUUGAGAUAGGUAAAAGGAGAGUUUGGAGAUUGGUGGAGAAAUGCUCCACUAGGUCAAGACAUUGGAGGUUUCUGUGAGAGUGGUGUUCAGACAGUGAUGUCAAUUGGGUCUUAGGUAUGCCAAUGUCAAAAGUCAGCAGAUGGUGGUCAGAUAGAGGAAAAUUAAUAUUGGAGAGAUUAGAGGCAGUACAGAGGUUGGUGAAGGCAAGAUCAAGAGUGUUUCCCGCUGUAUGGGUUGCUAAAUUGGACCAUUGCGUAAGGCCAAAGGACGAGGUUACAGAGAGCAGACGAGAGGCAUCAGUGCAACUGGAAUGAAAUGAUAUAUAUACAGUUGCAAGAAAAAGUAUGUGAACUCUUUGGAAUGAUAUGGAUUUCUGCACAAAUUGGUCAUAAAAUGUGAUCUGAUCAUCAUCUAAGUCACAACAAUAGACAAUCACAGUCUGCUUAAACUAAUAACACACAAAGAAUUAAAUGUUGCUAUGUUUUUAUUGAACACACCAUGUAAACAUUCACAGUGCAGGUGGGAAAAGUAUGUGAGCCCCUAGACUAAUGACAUCUCCAAGAGCUAAUUGAAGAGAGAUGUCAGUCAACUGGAGUCCAAUCAAUGAGAUGAGAUUGGAGGUGUUGGUUACAGCUGCCCUGCCCUAUAAAAAACACACACCAGUUCUGGGUUUGCUUUUCACAAGAAGCAUUGCCUGAUGUGAAUGAUGCCUCGCACAAAAGAGCUCUCAGAAGACCUACGAUUAAGAAUUGUUGACUUGCAUAAAGCUGGAAAGGGUUAUAAAAGUAUCUCCAAAAGCCUUGCUGUUCAUCAGUCCACGGUAAGACAAAUUGUCUAUAAAUGGAGAAAGUUCAGCACUGCUGCUACUCUCCCUAGGAGUGGCCGUCCUGUAAAGAUGACUGCAAGAGCACAGCGCACACUGCUCAAUGAGGUGAAGAAGAAUCCUAGAGUGUCAGCUAAAGACUUACAAAAGUCACUGGCAAAUGCUAACACCCCUGUUAGCGAAUCUACAAUACGUAAAACACUAAACAAGAAUGGAUUUCAUGGGAGGAUACCACAGAGGAAGCCACUUCUGUCCAAACAAAACAUUGCUGCACGUUUACAGUUUGCACAAGAGCACCUGGAUGUUCCACAGCAGUACUGGAAAAAUAUUCUGUGGACAGAUGAAACCAAAGUUGAGUUGUUUGGAAGAAACACACAACACUAUGUGUGGCGAAAAAAAAGGCACAGCACACCAACAUCAAAACCUCAUCCCAACUGUGAAGUAUGGUGGUGGGGGCAUCAUGGUUUGGGGCUGCUUUGCUGCAUCAGGGCCUGGACGGAUUGCUAUCAUCAUCGAAGGAAAAAUGAAUUCCCAAGUUUAUCAAGACAUUUUGCAGGAGAAAUUAAAGCCAUCUGUCUACCAGCUGAAGCUCAACAGAAGAUGGGUGUUGCAACAGGACAAUGACCCAAAGCAUAGAAGUAAAUCAACAACAGAAUGGCUUAAACAGAAGAAAAUACACCUUCUGAAGUGGCCCAGUCAGAGUCCUGACCUCAACCCGAUUGAGAUGCUGUGGCAUGACCUCAAAAAAGCGAUUCACACCAGACAUCCCAAGAAUAUUGCUGAACUGAAACAGUUCUGUAAAGAGGAAUGGUCAAGAAUUACUCGUGACCGUUGUGCACGUCUGAUCUGCAACUACAGGAAACGUUUGGUUGAAGUUAUUGCUGCUAAUGGAGGUUCAACCAGUUAUUAAAUCAAAGGGUUCACAUACUUUUUCCACCUGCACUGUGAGUGUUUACAUGGUGUGUUCAAUAAAAACAUGGCAACAUUUCAUUCUUUGUGUGUUAUUAGUUUAAGCAGACUGUGAUUGUCUAUUGUUGUGACUUAGAUGAUGAUCAGAUCACAUUUUAUGACCAAUUUGUGCAGAAAUCCAUCAUUCCAAAGGGUUCACAUACUUUUUCUUGCGACUGUAUCUAUGUAUAUCCCCUUAAUGACCGUGGACAUACUAUGUACGUCGGACAAAAAAAAAAACGGUGUGUGAUUAUGCGCACACACACACGUAUUAUAUACACACGUAUUAUAUAUGUGUGUGUGUAUAUAUAUAUAUAUAUAUAUAUAUAUACACAUACACACGCAUUAUGUUUGCCCACUUACAAAGAACUGAUCAGUCUAUAAGUUUAAUGGUAGGUGUAUUUUAACAGUGAGAGAGAAUAACAAAACAAAAAAAUCCAGAAAAAUGCAUGUCAAAAAAGUUAUAAAUUGAUUUACAUGUCAAUGAGUGAAAUAAGUAUUUGAUCCCCUAGCAAUCAGUAAGAUUUCUGGCUCCCAGGUGUCUUUUAUACAGGUAACGAGCUGAGAUUAGGCACACCCUCAAGAUCCACAGAAGCAAUCAAUCAAUCAACCAGAUUCCAAACUCUCCACCAUGGCCAAGACCAAAGAGCUGUCCAAGGAUGUCAUGGACAAGAUUGUAGACCUACACAAGGCUGGAAUGGGCUACAAGACCAUCGCCAAGCAGCUUGGUGAGAAGGUGACAACAGUUGAUGCGAUUAUUUGCAAAUGGAGGAAACACAAAAAAAUGGUCAGUCUCCCUCGGUCUGGUGCUCCAUCCAAGAUCGGUGAACGGUGAGGAAUCAGCCCAGAACUACACUGGAGGAUCUUGUUAAUGGCAGAGGGGACCAUAGUCACCAAGGAAACAAUUGGUAACACACUAUACCAUGAAGGACUGAAAUCCUGCAGCACCCGUAAGGUCACCCUGCUCAAGAAAGCACAUGUACAGGCCCAUCUGUAGUUUGCUAGUGAACAUCUGAAUGAUUCAGAGGAGAACUGGGUGAAAGCAUUGUGGUCAUUUGAGACCAAAAUUUAGCUCUUUGGCAUCAACUCAACUCGUCGUGUUUGGAGGAGGAGGAAUGCUGCCUAUGACCCGAAAAACACCAACCCCACUGUCAAACAUGGAGAUGGAAACCUUAUGCUUUGGGGUUUUUUUCUGCUAAGGGGACAGGACAACUGCACCGCAUCAAAGGGAUGGUGGACGGGGCCAUAUACCAUCAAAUCUUGGGUGAAGACCUCCUUCCCUCAGCCAGGGCAUGACCCAAAACACACAGCCAAAAAAAUCCAAAAUCUGUUAAUUAAGUUGACAGAGUAAUAAUGGGACAUAUUCUUAUAACUGCUACAUCCUACUUACCCAGAUAUUAGGAAUGGUCAAUACUUGGUCCCGUAUAGGCCGAUGAUGUCCAUAAAUCUGUAACGGAUGUGGAUAUUUCUGUUCACCAACUUUUCCAUCUAGUUUUUCAGCUCUGUUCAGUUAUAAAAUCAAUGUCACUACAUUUUAAGCCCAGGCUGUAAUGUUACACACUCACCCAGUAAGAUAUAUACACAUACCAGUAGCCAACACCACCAGACCUUUCCCCACACUGGUUGUUAAUGGCAGCUCUGCUUUAAAUUUUACAUUUGUUCCAUUAGUUUGAAGGAAGGAACAUCACUCUAAAUGUUCAAAUACUAACGUUAUUAAACAUUUUAUUUUACUAAUAGAUGCCUGGAGGACGAAACAGCAGUGAGUGCUAAAUACUACAGUAAGAUAGAUGACUUGCUCCAGCAGGCUGACUUUGUGAUGCUAGCUGUGAAGCUGAAUCAAGACACUCACAAACUGAUUGGGAAACGAGAGCUAGAACUGAUGAAGCCUACAGCCACUAUCGUUAAUAUCAGCAGAGGUAUCCUAUCUGAAAUGUUUCAAGUCACAAGACAUGGAAAUUAA